GCGUUUGGGAAUGCCAAGACGGCCCACAACAACAACUCCAGCCGCUUUGGGAAGUUCAUCCAGGUCAACUACUUGGAGAGCGGGGUGGUGAGAGGGUGAGUACUGACCGCUAGCCCACACUGUGUGUUGUGAUGACACACACUCAAUCCUCUUGUAUGCAGGUACACUACCGGUCAAAAGUUUUAGAACACCUACUCAUUCAAGGGUUUUUCUUUAUUUUUACUAUUUUCUACAUUGUAGAAUAAUAGUGAAGACAUCAAACCUAUGAAAUAACACAUAUGGAAUCAUGUAGUAACCAAAAAAGUGUUAAACAAAUCAAAAUACAUUUUAUAUUUGAGAUUCUUUGCCUUGAUGACUAGCAGAAACCUCCAUGACAGCAGACAGCCGCUGUUACUUCCAUCAUACCAUACAAGGCUAGUGAGAAGUGGAUUAGUAGUGUCUUAGGUUGUUUCUGUUUGAGGCCUGCAGGCCCACGUUAAAGCACAGCCUCCUUCCUCUCUCUGCCUACAGUCAUUCUGGUUACCGCCUGCGUCACACUGCUCUGCUCUUUCAUUUCCUCUCUAACAGAGGAAGAGUGUGCUGCUGAAGAUAUUACAAAUGAAACAUGAGCUGUGAGCGCUCUCGCUGUUACAAGACAAGAGCUUACAAUACAGUAUAGACAAGACCCAUUGAUUCACAACCUGAUUAGUAGGUCCUAAAACAUUGCCUGGCUACCCAAACUCCUUGCUCGGGCCAAACGCUACACCACGCCCACAGACGUUAGUUUCUUCUCUGCAAUGAGUCUGGAUCUGAGUACCCCCCCGAUGAUUUCUAGAACACAAGCACAUUCUAACCGUUCUGAUUGGUCCCUGAAACCAAUGGGUUGGGCCAGAGCCAGAAAACACGUGGGUAAAGCGGCGUUUUGAAAAUUCGUCAUUGGCUUUGAUACGCUGAUUGGUUAGAGAUGAUCCAAUCACUGAUGACUUUGUUUUGUACAACGCCCCCCAUUUUGACAUCACCAGGUUUUAUUAGUAUGUACGUGAUACGGAGUGGUAUACAUAAUCCAACGAAAUGCUUACUUGCAGGUUCCUUCUCGACAAUGCAACAACAAUAAGAAAUUAUAAAAGAUAAGAAUACGAACGUAAAGUAAUUAGCUCAGUAAAAUUGAAUAUCAUUUUUAGCAUAAGUAUAAUAAAAGAAGGCACAAUUUAUAGUCCAAUAUUUACACGUGUAUUGGGGAAGGGGGUGGAUGGGGGGCAGUGUAUAAACUGAUCAGUAUAAUAAGAGUCUGGUAGCAGCAGUUGUGGUGUGUGUGUAGCAUGAAUGUAUAAUGUCUGUGUGGGUGUGUGCUACGGUGAGGAGAAUCAGAGCAUGUGGUCAGUUCAGUUCAAGUGUUCAGCAGUUUGAUGGCUUGUAGAUGCCAACAGCCUCAGAGACAGUUUCUAUCAGACCUCAUGCUCCGAUACCGUCUGCCUGACGGUAAGGAAGAGAACAGCUCGUUGCUGGGGUGUGUGGGGUCCUUGAUGAUGCUGCGUGCCAGUGAUGUACUGGGCCUUGCGUUCGUGGACGGAGCAAAUCCCAUACCAGGCCAUGAUGCAACCGGUCAGGACAUUUUACAUUUACAUUUACAUUUUAGUCAUUUAGCAGACGCUCUUAUCCAGAGCGACUUACAGUUAGUGAGUGCAUACAUAAUUUUUUUAUUUUUUCAUACUGGCCCCCCGUGGGAAUCGAACCCACAACCCUGGCGUUGCAAACGCCAUGCUCCAACUGAGCUACAUCCCUGGACGCUUUUGAUGGUGCAACAGUAGUAUUUGGAGAGGACCCUGGGCGGCAUGACGAGUGGUGGUGGUGCCCUCUUGACAAGUUCUCGGUGAUGUGGACGCAGAGAAACUUAUAACUCGUGACUCUCAAAUUGGAGUGGGUCCAGUGUGCCUGGCAUACUGGCCUUGGUGUGGGCCAUGACCAGCCUUUUGAAGCACUUCAUAAUGGCCGAGGUGAGAGCGACGGUGCAAUAGUCAUAUGAGCAUGUCACCUUAUUUUUUUUCUUGGGCACUGGGACAAUGGCAGUUGAGGACUACAGCCUGGGACAGGGACAGGUUGAGAUGUCUGAGAAGACGCCCGCCAGCUGGUCAGCACACACUGAGGACGCGGCCAGGGAUGCCAUCUGGGCCGGCAGCUAUGUGAGCAUUCACUCUUUUGAGAGUUUUCCUCACGUCGGCCUCGGAGAGCGAAAGCACCUGGUUGUCCGGAGCGGCAAGAGUCUUCCUGGAUGGCUCGGUAUUGUCUGCCUCGAAGUGAGCAUAAAAAAUGUUAAGCUUGUCUGAGAGUGAGGCGUUGGUGGGCACCGCACAGCUGGAUUUGCCCUUGAAGUCCUUGCCACGUGAUGCGAGUCUGAGUUUUCAAACAUCAAUUCAAGAGUCUGUAUUGUCUUUUUGCGUCCCUAAUGAAUUUGCGGAGCUCAUACCUGCUUGCCUUGUACGUGUUGCGCGCCACUGAGUCAUCGGGGUUCAUUCUGCUGACAUUGAAUGCUGCAGUACGGGCCCUCAGCAUUGUACGGAUAUCUCCGUUCAUCCAGGGUUUUUGGUUGGGGCUUGUCCGGAUUGUUAUUGUGGGUACAACAUCAUCAAUACAUUUCCUAAUGAAGCCUGUGACUGACAAUGUAUAUUCCUCAAUAUAGAUGGAUUAGUCCUGGGUGGAUGAAACUUUGAACAUAAAUAAUCAGUAUUCUCAAAACAAUCCUGCAGCACCACAAACGACUUAAACGAUGGCAGUCUCAGACUGAGGUAUGUAGCGAACAUAGAGCAGCGGAAGACUUCAGUUUGAGUUGUCAGGCAACCUAAAACAGGGACACAUCGCUUUUUAUUGAAUUGCUUAGCUUGAGAGGGGUCAAAGUAAUUGAAUAUCGAUGGCUGAAUGUUGCCAUUGAGACUUUAGUGGCUGAGCUGUAGUAGUAGUGCUGGUUGAGCUUGUUAUGCUUGUAGUGGAGCAUCUGUCAGUCAGAAGCCAUUGAUUACAGCAGGACAGUGCUGACAUUCUGCUGAGCAAAGGCUCGCUGUGCAGCAGAGAGUGGUGCAGCAAUGGAAAGCAGGCAAUGUUGGGCCAGUAAUCGGUUCGAAUCCCAAGCUGUCUAGGUGAAAAAUGUAACCCUAAUUGCUCCUGUAAGUCGCUCAUGAUAAGAGCCUCUGCUAAAUGACUAAAAAGGAAACCCUGGUUCUACCGCUCAGCGCCGCAUUAGUCUGGCUGGCUCACUGAGUCUAACUAGCUUUCACUGCCUGGGAUGGGAGAUACUCUCACUGUAGCAGAAUAUCGUGGUGAUACCUGGAGUGGCUUCUUAGUUUGAGGAUCUAUCCAGUAUCCAUAGUCUGGUCUUGAACUGUGUAUGUCCGACUAUCUGUGUCUCUGUCUGUAUCUGUCUGAGUGCGUGUCUGCAUUGGAUAUGGACCUUAUUGAUACAUAUAAUAUAUUAUAGGCACCAGCCCCUUGGCUUGGCUGUGUUAUUGCAAUAGUGCACCUUCUGGCCUGGCAUUGCUUUCUAUUAGAUCAGCUCUAUAAAGAGACAGAGGGCCAGUUAGUGAAGUUUCCAUGCCCAGCACUGGGUACUCUGCCUGCCUGAGCUACUCACAGCCCCUGUCAUCCUGUAUACAGUUGAAAAUGGCAGAUUAUGUCAUUGAUAAGUGCCUAAAUUGGAACACAGGGGCUGUACAGUAACAUACUAUACAUGAUGUCAGAGCUCAGGUUUUCCGACUCCACAGCGCUGUAUGGGUUUUGACUGACAGACGUUAUAAUCUUGAGCACUGCAUGCGACAGGAAGAUGCCACCAUCCCUCCCGCUAAUUGCGCUACUUUUGCACAUUUGUUGUUGUCUGAGUGAGGGAAAUGCUGUAAAUCGAGAGGAGUCGAUGUGUUCUGAAAGAUGAGACGUUGAAGAUUAUAAUAAAAACCACUUUGAUGUCGUACAAGCAAACCACACACCUAUAAGUCCAAAUGUGCACUUCACUUUUCCAUUUUCCAUUUACAGUAUCAGCGUUUAUGAUCGCUAUGUUUGCUCCACAGUUACAAGGAUGGCAUGGGUUAUACCCUGGGUUGUCCUGAACAGAAUGAGCCUAUGUUUGUUGUAUUGUGAAGAAAAGUAGCCGUGGAACACGCACCUGAAUGCACUCAUGACUCCAUUCUGUGCGCACCAAAAUUACAAUCUGUCUGAAGUGCCUUUUGAAAGCCUAACACUGUAUGAUCGUAUUUUAUAACUUAGCUAGCCAUGAUGCCUACCUGACCCAGAUUGUGAUUUAUAAUGGAAUGUUUUUGGAUUGCGUAAACAACAACAGCAAUUGUGUGAUGGUGGGGAUGCAGGGCUGUGUUCCAAACAAAAACCUACAAGUGUGCUUGCUUCAGUUCCUCAAUGGCAAAGCUGGAAGAUCAAAAAAAAAAAAGCACCUUUAUAGUUGAAGGCUCUUUCCUUGAAUCCUAAAAGUGCAUUGAAAUUACUUAGGAACUGUGCACAGUUUGGAGAGCUGUGUGGCCACCUGGAGACACCAGUUGGACCUCACUCAAACCUUUUGUAAUAAUCGUUUUUUAUUAUCUUGCACAUACCUCAAAAUGUCAAUGAAUACUUAUGUUACUGAAUGUAUACAGAGUAUUUUUUGAUUUUCGUUAUUGACAAAUGCUGUGAAAGUACAGUAAAUGUAAAAAUGCACAUAAAAUCAAGUGUAAUAUUUUAGAUUCUGUCUUGUCAGGUGAAGUGUUGUGUCCUUACCUUUUGGUCUAAUAAUUUUCCCAUAAUCUCCAAAGUGUUCCCUUUCAAUUGCUACCAUUGUAUUGUAUGCUUUUUAUAGUUCUUCUGUUAGAAACAUUUCAAUUUGGCCCUAUCCAUAUAGGCCAAUUUCCACGGGUGUAAGGGGUUAAUAUAUAAUAUAUAUAAUAUAUAUAAUAUACAAAGGAGAUGAUUGUGGACUACAGGAAAAAAAAGAGGACUGAGCACGCCCCCAUUCUCAUCGACGGGGCUGUAGUGGAACAGGUUGAGAGCUUCAAGUUCCUUGGUGUCCACAUCACCAACGAACUAUCAUGGUCCAAACACACCAAGACAGUCGUGAAGAGGGCACGACAAAGCCUAUUCCCCCUCAGGAGACUAAAAAGAUUUGGCAUGGGUCCUCAGAUCCUCAAAAAAUUCUACAGCUGCACCAUCGAGAGCAUCCUGACUGGUUGCAUCACCGCCUGGUAUGGCAACUGCUUGGCCUCUGACCGCAAGGCACUACAGAGGGUAGUGCGUACGGCCCAGUACAUCACUGGGGCAAAGCUCCCUGCCAUCCAGGACCUCUAUACCAGGCGGUGUCAGAGGAAGGCCCUCAAAAUUGUCAAAGACUCCAGUCACCCUAGUCAUAGACUGUUCUCUCUGCUACCGCACGGCAAGCGGUACCGGAGUGCCAAGUCUAGGUCCAAAAGACUUCUCAACAGCUUCUACCCCCAAGCCAUAAGACUCCUGAACAGCUAAUCAUGGCUACCCGGACUAUUUGCACUGCCCCCCCACCCCAUCCUUUUUACGCUGCUGCUACUCUGUUAAGUAUUUAUGCAUAGUCACUUUAACUCUACCCACAUGUACAUAUUACCUCAACUACCUCAACUAGCCGGUGCCCCCGCACAUUGACUAUGCAACGGUACCCCCCUGUAUAUAUAGCCUCCCUACUGUCACUUUAUUCUAUUGUAUAUAUAGCCUCCCUACUGUCACUUUAUUUUUUACUUCUGCUCUUUUUUUCUCAACACUUUUUUGUUGUUGUUUUAUUCUUACUUUUUUGUUUAAAAUAAAUGCACUGUUGGUUAAGGGCUGUAAGUAAGCAUUUCACUGUAAUGUCUGCACCUGUUGUAUUCGGCGCAUGUGAGCAAUAAAAUUUGAUUUGAUUUGAUUUGAUUUUAUACACACACCACUCAGCCAUCGCCCUGACACUCUAUUUUUAGGGUGUCAACAAACAAAGAUUAGCUUAAUAUUGUUUUCCUCGUGCCUGAAAAAUUAAAUUAGCUCAGUUUAAACUGUUGAUCAUAGUGGCUGUGUUGCUGGACAUUAACAUGACUAUGCACCAGGCUGAGGCUGUCCAUAUCUGGACUCGUUGUUCAACUCUUUAUUGUUCCACUGACCAUCUGCCUUUGCUUCCCCUCCUCCUCAGUCACUACCAUCCCACUUUCACUUAUACGACCCCUACUCAUAGACGUGCACACACACACACACACACACACACACACACGAGACCCUCAAUAGACACACAGCCAAGUGAAAGGACCAGACUAACUCCAGUGUUACUUGAUUGAUGUUUUCAUUCUCUCUCUCUCUCUUUCUUUCUCUCUCUCUCUCUCCCCCCUCCCCGUCUCCCUCAUUCUCAGGGCAAUUGUGGAGAAGUAUCUCCUGGAGAAGUCUCGUCUGGUCUCCAGAGAGAAGAAUGAGAGGUAAAGGGCAACAGCAGGGGUCAUAAUCUUUGAUCUCAGUGACCCGUGGAGGCCCUCUGUACAAACAGAGGGAGAAUCCCCUGGGUGUCUUUGAUAUUCAGUUAACAUGCCAUGUCCAAGGGUGACUCUCGGACCUAGACACAUAAUUAACUUUCUCCCCAGCCUGAAUAUGUACCAAAGAGUUGCAUCAAUAUGGGACCUGAUACUUAUUUCUUUCAGGAAUAAAUAUUUAAUUUAUAAUUUAUUUACCCAUGAUGAGGACCGUAGUCCUACUAUUUCUACUACAAAUGCCCUGGUUGGGGUUGGCAUAGCCUAUAAACAGAAUGAACCCUUGUUCUCACUAGAUGUAGUAUUAUAUUGUCAUGUACUACUCAUGUUGUUACUCAUAUACCAACAUGUGUCUGUUGAAAUGGAUCACCUCUGUUUGCCUAUGAGUCUGCCUGUGUCUGUGAUGUCAGCGAGACUCCGUAGUAAACAUGGAAAGUCAUUACGCCCGUGUGUUUUUACAACAAUGCAAGCCGACCGGCCACCUGAUAACAAGACUGGAAAAACUGAUAGCAGCAUUCACGCUCAUUACUAGACUGGCACGUUAUAGACACAGAGUCAAUGUUGGGUCGGGAAAAAAGUACUACCAUAGUGUUGACUUCUGAUUGCCUUUAUUUCACUAUAAAAGAAGCCCCUUUUAAAUAAAUAAAUGAUUUAUUCUUGCCACCUAAAAAUAUAUAACCUUCACUCCACCAAAUAACAAAGCGAAACAAAUAACAAACGCGAAAACCACACUGUAUCCACACACAAAACACAUUUUACUGAACACACUAAACAUUGUUUUGUGUCCCUGUAGGAACUACCAUGUGUUUUACUAUCUGCUGGUGGGAGCGUCAGAGGAGGAGCGCAAGGAGUUCAAACUGCUGCAGCCUGAAGAUUACCUCUACCUCAAGCAGGUACCAUACACACACACACACACACACACACACACACACACACACACCACGGAGGUAAUGGCUGGAGCGGAAUAAGUGGAACGGUAUCAACAACAUGGUUUCCAUGUAUUUGAUGCCAUUCCAUUUGCUCCGUUCCAGCCAUUAUUAUGAGCCGUCCUCCCCUCUGCAGCCUCCACUGUUGCGCGCACACACUGGAUAUACAUACUCUACACAACCCCUGUUUUUCUUAGCACAGUACGCAUAUUUCUCUACCUCAAGCAGUAUAUAUCCAUUUACUGUACUAUCUCCUACUAAAUCUAGAGCCACAUCCCCAUUAGUUUAUCCCUUAUGUACCCUUAGCUGGUUUUCUGCUGUAUUCUCUUGUGUAAGGUACCUUGAUUCUCUUCCUCUACCAGAUGCCCUUGAAUAAAUUUUGAAUAUAAUCCUUUGUACCCUGAUUCUCAUUAUAUUCAUGGGUUCUGUGUGUCAUAAUCAUCUUUUUCCAUGUACUUGGAUUGGCUCAAGGUAACAUUUCCCAUCGGAUUCAGUGGUAGUAAACCUGGUAUGCGGUGUCAUUGUCAUGCAGUGAAUGGCCUGCAUAUGCUCUCAGUUCUCCCAGUUUCCUGCCCAUACGUGCAGUGCAUGUUAAUGAAACCCCCCCCCCCCCCCCCCCCCCCUCCUCUCCCCAUUCUCCUCUCCCUCUCUCUGUGCAGCAAAACUUUAAGAUAGAAGAUGUAGAAGACCUGCGUCAUGAAUUUGAGAGGCUGCAGCAGGCCAUGGAGAUGGUGGGCUUCCUGUCUGCCACUAAGAAACAGUGAGUGAACAUGCCAUGGGCAGUCAAUCUACACUACUUCUACACACCAUUCCAUCCCUUAAAUGGCUGCCUAAAAGGCAAAUAGGUCAUAUAGAUUUGCAUAUACUGUAGUCUGUUGGCAUUACUUGGAUCCACUUGAAUCUCCUGCACAAUGUACAGCUCAGCAAACGUAGCCAGACAACCCUUUCCUCUGAUGCAGUUGUUCCAGUAGUUGGCAGUGAUGUGCAUCCAAUAUGGCAGAACAGUAGACAUGCUGUAGAAGGAGGGCCUGUUCUAUUCAUUGUGAUUCUAUGAUAAUGACGCUUGUCUGUCUGCUGCAGGAUCUUCUCUGUGCUGUCGGCCAUCUUGUACCUUGGCAACGUGACGUACAGGAGGAAGUCUACAGGCCGAGACGAGGGACUGGACGUGGGACCACCGGAAGUCCUGGCUACCCUCUCAGACCUGCUCAAGGUAACAAUGGUUCUGCUCUGCUGCUCUAGUCUACACAUCAAUGAACGAGUAGUCUUUACUCAAUAUGUGUGGGGACUUUGGUCCCAGCCCAGACCUAACACUGAUUCAGCAAAAAAAUCAUAUUGAUGAAUUUGGGGAGCCUGCGUCUCAGUGUAGGAGUUCUGAUCUAGGAUCAGGCCCCUUGUUUAUUUAUGAUGAUCUAAAAGGACAAACUGAUCCUAGAUCAGCACUCCUGCUCCAAGGAGACAAGGGUGUUAAAACGGGCUCAGGAGUAUUAGUGGUCCACUGAGACAAAUGAAGUUGUGGUCCUCUGUAGCUCAGCUGGUAGAGCACGGCGCUUGUAACGCCAAGGUAGUGGGUUCGAUCCCCGGGACCACCCAUACACAAAAAAAAAAUGUAUGCACGCAUGACUGUAAGUCGCUUUGGAUAAAAGCGUCUGCUAAAUGGCAUAUUAUUAUUAUUAUUAUUAUUAUUAUUAUUAUUAUUAUUAUUAUUAAGUUGAGUUUAAAGCAUUGUAAUAACCUAAACAUGUGGCUAGGUAUCUGUUUCAUCAUAACUUUGUGGUCCUCUGUAGCUCAGCUGGUAGAGCACGGCGCUUGUAACGCCAAGGUAGUGGGUUCGAUCCCCGGGACCACCCAUACACAAAAAAAUGUAUGCACGCAUGACUGUAAGUCGCUUUGGAUAAAAGCGUCUGCUAAAUGGCAUAUUAUUAUUAUUAUUAACUAACAUCCCCAAACAGUGAGUGUAUACUAUUAUUGUCCACUGAAGAUUUACAUUUUACAUUUACGUCAUUUAGCAGACGCUCUUAUCCAGAGCGACUUACAGUUAGUGGAUACAUUAUUUUUUUUAUUUUCAUACUGGCCCCCCCGUGGUUCUCCCCAAUGAUUAUACAGGAUGCCUCCUCUCCACUAAAUUAAUGUAUUUUUAAUGUCGCAAGCCUUGAGAAUUGUGAGUGUAACAUCUCUCUCUGUGUGUGUGUGUGUGUGUGUGUGUGUGUGUGUGUGUGUGUGUGUGUGUGUGUGUGACCUCCCAGGUGAAAGAGGAGUUGCUGGUCGAGGCGCUGACUAAGAGGAAAACGGUGACAGUCAAUGACAAGCUGAUUCUGCCCUACAGCCACAGUGAGGUAGGCAACCAUCGACCGAUAUUCAGGGCCUAUCAUUAUCUUGCUGGGUUUAUUCCCCAGGAUAAUUGUGUCAUGUGUUUGUCUCCUCCUUUUCCCUGUGUGUCUGUCUCCUCCCUCGGUCUCAUCUGUCUGUUUGUCUUUACUCCCAUUCACCCCCCCCCCCCCCCCCCAUCUGUAAUUAUCUCUCUAUCUCAUUCUGUUUCUCAGGCCAUCACUGCGAGAGACUCCAUGGCCAAGUCUCUGUACAGUGCCCUGUUCAACUGGAUUGUCCUGCGCAUCAAUCAUGCACUGCUCAACAAGAAAGACAUGGAGGAAUCUGUCCCGGUGAGAGAGAGAACACACACACACAACAGAACAGACCUAGGAAUGCAGCUCAAGAGUUCCCCCCUCCAUGUUUCGGCAUCGUCAAGGCCAGACAUGUCGGCAGAUCCCCAGAAAUAACUACGCAAUGAACUAUAAAAAAAAAUGAACUAACCAGAGCUCUAGUAUUUCUAACUGACCUACUGUAUGUCUUUUUUCUGUUCCAGUGUUUGUCAAUAGGGGUCCUGGAUAUAUUUGGCUUUGAGGACUUUGAGACCAACAGCUUUGAGCAGUUCUGUAUCAACUAUGCAAACGAGCAGCUUCAGUAUUACUUCAACCAGCACAUCUUCAAACUUGAGCAGGUGAGUUGGCCCUGGGUGCCUCUCAUUGAAAUAUAAUCUAUGUCAUUCUAUUUCUAUGGUGCCUCUCUGUAAAGACAGUAUAACAGCCCUGAUCCUAUGUCUUGAUCCUAUGGGAGACCCGUGGGGCUGCGCACAAAUGGCCCAGCGUCGUCCAGGGUAGGGGAGGGAAUGGCCGGCAGAGAUGUAGCUCUGGGUUCGAUUCCAGUAUGAAAAACAUAAAAAAUAAUGUAUGCACUCUGGAUAAGAGCGUCUGCUAAAUGACUAAAAUGUAAAUGUCUUUAACUCUGACCGUGUUAUUGGUCCAUUGCAGGAGGAGUACCAGGCGGAGGGCAUCACCUGGCACAACAUAGACUACACUGACAACGUGGGCUGCAUCCACCUCAUCAGCAAGAAGCCCACUGGUCUCCUGUACCUACUGGACGAGGAGAGCAAGUAAGGACUUCAAGCCUUUUUUCCAUAUUCCACAAAAGGGGAUCGUUCACCCAAAACUCAUUGAUCUUCAUGGGCCAGAAGUGACUGCAGCCUAAACAUUUGCUUUGCUUUGCUACAUAGUUGUCUAGAAGCGGCAAUAAUGUACAUUUUAGAUGAGAUGCAGGUUGAAACGGUAUACGUCUCCUCCCUCUGCUCUCCUCCUCUCACGCUCUCUCCCUCGCUCCAGCUUCCCCCACGCCACUGAUAAGACCCUGCUGGCCAAGUUUAAGCAGCAGCACCAGGAGAAUAAGUACUUUGUGCCCACGCCUGUGAUGGAGCCUGCCUUCGUCAUCCACCACUUUGCUGGGAAAGUCAAAUACCAGAUCAAGGUAGGGAUGGAUGGACCCCCACCCACCAACAUGGUCACAGACUCCCUGUUUACUAUCAUGUAAUGUCUAGGGGGUUGAGGGAGGUUUCUUGCAUUUGUGUAACUGUUCAUUGUUAUUGACAUCAUCUAAUUAUUGUUCAGUGUAUUAAUAAUCUUAGCGGCGACUCUAAAAUGGCCUCAACAUGCUAACCGUCUCCUGUGACUCUCUCCUGGCAGGACUUCCGGGAGAAGAACACGGACCACAUGCGUCCGGACAUUGUGGCUCUACUGCGCAGCAGUGACCGGGCCUACGUGCGUCAGCUGAUCGGGAUGGACCCUGUGGCCAUGUUCCGCUGGGGCAUCCUGCGAGCCACCAUCAGGGGAAUGGCUGCCUUCAACGAGGCUGGACGCCGUUGGGCCGCCAAGACCGCAGGUACAUAUACACCUGGAGCAGUAGUACAAUACAGGUACAUAUACACCUGGAGCAGUAGUACAAUACAGGUACAUAUACACCUGGAGCAGUAGUACAAUACAGGUACAUAUACACCUGGAGCAGUAGUACAAUACAGGUACAUAUACACCUGGCGCAGUAGUACAAUACAGGUACAUAUACACCUGGAGCAGUAAUACAAUGGGCAGCUGAUUGUAUAGGUAUACACAUGCUUUAGACACCAUAGGAGUCUAAAGCCAUGUCUCAGAGUUAGAACUGUACCCAUACACAGUAACCAACAAUUGCAGUAGGCUUACUUGUUUGCUUAUUUCGUUUAGCAGGGCUGGGGGGGGAAACGUGAGGCUUUUGAAAUGUCAGGUUUUUCCCUGCAAGCCUCAGUCAUUAUCCGCUAGAUAAUUUUUGUUGUGUUGACUAGAUGAGAAAAGUGGCCCAUUGACGUAAGAGGCUAUUUUAAUAGGGAUUAAUGGGAUUAAAUAAAAUAAAGGAAAAACAAAGCAGGGAAAUGGCCCCUGGAAGGACUCAACUGGAUUAUUCUGCUGUUUUUUGACAAGCAGGAGUCAUGCGGUGCACUCUUUUGUCCUCGUAGAACCUCUAGGCAUCUAAUCUAAUGAUGUGUGUGUCUGUGCAUUUAUGUCUGUGUGUGUUUGACAGGUGUGCAGCGCACCACUUCCAGGACUCUUUUGGGGGAGCUGCAGAGGUCCAACACGCCUGUAGAAAGGAUGUACCGGUAAGGCCCAGGUCCUCUGACAGAGGGACACACAGGGAAGGAGGGAAACGACAUUUGGCCCAAUAUCCACAUUUCCAUACCACUUAGAAAGAAGUGAUGUAUUGGCCAUGCAUAGGGCCCUCGUGUAUUUUUCCUGUCAGGUCACAUGGUCACAAAAAAUGUCUGUCCCUAGCCAUGCAUACUAGAUAGGAUGUUAUUGUGGAAAUUGAGACAUACUCUGGGAGUGUUGUGAAAUGGGCCAUCUUCCUCUCCUCCACUGUUGUUUUGGGUGUGAUGUCGUGAUUGACAGAUGGGUCUUUCUCUCCCCUGAGGCACACGGCAGGUGUUCAGUCAUUAUAAUCCACCAGAGCGCCUGUGGAGCAAAAGCCCAAGGACAAUGCCUCAAUCUUCUAUCAGAAAUCCACUUUAAAUGCACAACCUGACUACCUUGAUCCAAGACCAAGUCAUCUCAUUGAAUCUAUACUAUACAGACAAAAGAUUGUAUUUAGGAUUAACCAGAAUAACUUAAAUCAGUUUGCCAUACAAUAACAAGCCCCUUACUAGUCCCUGAUUGGGGCCCUCUCACAGAGAACACAUUGUGAUUUGUGGAUUUGGUCAUCAAUCACAUUUGACAUCACAAGGUCUUUUAAGAAAUCCAUUUGUCACAAAGAUGACAAAUGAAAGGGUGAGCAUCCGUACUGUGGGAUGCGUGUCGCUGCACCUAGGAUGACAUGAAACAGGAUUAGACAUUGAUAUCAUGAUUAUGAAUCACAAGAUUGUUCAGGAAGUGUAUCUGUACUUGGAGCCAAAUGAAUCUCCCACUAGGCCCCCAGUAAAUGGAACUGAAUGAAACUAUUGAAACAGUUGGCUCCCAUGUGUGCUUCCUAAUCUCUUGUAUGACAUAAGCUCUGUCAUAUCCAUAGAAAUAGAAUAAUAUCUCUGGUGGAAUGAAUCCUCCUUCAUCUCAUCCUGGCCCCUGCGUUGUUUCCCCUGCCCCUGGGUGACCCCGUGUGCUGUUCUCUUCCCUCAACAGACGGGCUUCUAUGCUCGAUUUCUACUUUGAUCACUCUGACGAGCGCCCACUAGAGGCCUUCGAAGACAUCUUUGCUAGCUAUGAGAGUAAGAAGUAAGUGGACUGGAGGAGAGCAGGAGGAAGGAUGGAGGGAGGUCAAGCAGGAGGAAGGAUGGAGGGAGGUCAAGCAGGAGGAAGGGACAGUAUUGUUUUUAUGGGCAGUUAGUCUCUGGCUCAUUCCCGCUCUGAGUUUGCUCAUAUUCAUAAUGUCAGCGAUACACAAGACACUCUACGUCAUGAAGGCUUGCAGCAGGCAUAGGUUUCUUUAGUUUGCAAAGGAAGUCCUAAUAUGAAACGUGCAGAGUCAGACUACAGAAAUAGACUUCAUAGAAACAUCAAACACAUAAAACAUUUUCCUUUCUAAUUAUCAACGAUUCGUUCUUAUUCUCUUCCCCCUUUCUAGCCCUGUAUUUUCCACCACAUUGCUCUCUUUACUCUCUCCCCCUCUUUCGCUCUCUCUGUUUCUCUCUCCAACUCUCAGCCACGGUAAUCUGUCUCUUCACCCUGGUUUAUUAUUGUUAAUGUAGAACACAGGAAGGUCUUAGUGCUGCCCUGGUCUGAUAAUCUACUGAUUACUGGGAGGAAACUGGAAAGUCUGUGCACACUAAAAUAUGGUAGUCCAGCAUUAAGUACAUAAUAAACAGUAGUAGUAAAGUUUUGUUAAUGAAACAGGUCAGGGAAAAUGCUAUACAUCUCAGGUCCUGGAAUAGUAGUGAUGAGGUAGGAAAUGUAAUAAACAAUUGCCUGUGGAGAAAGUUGAAUGCGUCAUUGUAGUUUCUAAAUGGACCAAAAGCCCCUGUUCUAAUAUGAGCAUUCUCUGAGAGGAACUGAGCAGUAGUGUGAAAACCACCCCUAGCUCCUUCCUUAGGCCCUACCCCUUAUGUGUUUGCAGAUAGGAUAGGUGUUAGUAAUAUGGGGAUAGCUCCACCUAGGCUUUUGAUUAGCUUAGGGGAGGUUCCUCCAUACUGUUUCCACCUAUCUGGUUCCUUCAGACCUCAAAAUACUGAAGACGUCAGGUCUAGGGGCUGUUUUUGGACUGGGCUAGUUUGUCUAUGGUACCUUUACUUAUGGCCCGUCCCUUCCUGCCUGACCUCCCUUGGUUUAUUGAUCAGAGUGGUAAGUACAGUAAUGCAUGGAUCCAGUUCUGAGUGCAGAGGAACAGCCAUCUUAACAACACCAGUCCUCCCCAGUUUACCAUCAGUAUAACACCAGUCCAAUGACCAAUCCCAGUCGCCAGCAGUGUAACACCAGCAUGGAGAAAAGAUGUCAACCACUGAAGCUUUGAUUCAGGAAUGCAUGCUCACAAUACUUACUUACAGGAGUAUGGUGUGUGAGAACAUCCACUCAAUGCACAACCUCUCGGUCUCUACACUUUCUACUGCAGCAAUAGCUGGGUGGUCUGAACUGAAGUGACAUUGUCCCACAUGUUAAACAGCAGUUUUACAUGCUCUCGAUUUCAGACCUCUAACUGUUCUGUGUGUGUGUUUCUCUUGGGAAGUGGGCGCUUUGGUGGUGGGGUGUUUUCUGUCUUUCGAGGUGUCCUAACAGCGGUGUUCCUACAUCCCCUGCCCUCCCCUUAUGCCCCGUGCCCAACCCCCCUUCCCCUCUCCUCCCCAUGUCUCCUACCCACCGUCGUCCUCACCCACUGUGGCCCUUGCUGGGUUGAAUCAGGGACAUGCAUGCCCAGAUAAUCAGUUCCAUUAAGGACUUGCAGCUGGACGGUGAGGACCCUCGCAAGCUGCUGCAGUCCUGGGGUCGCCUGCGGUUCCCUCGACACCUCCUUCAGUGAGUCUGUAGCCCUGGCCCCUUCCAGCUCAGUCCAGCCCAGCCCAGCUCGGUCUAGCAAGUCUAACCCUGCUUUAACAGUGUUCAACCUUAAUCCUCCUGGGGCAACAUUUUGUUCCAGCACUAGCACACCUGAUUUGACUACAAAAAAAUAAAUCCUAUUCCAAAACGGCAACAGAAUUAUGUCUUCACCUCACAUGGUUGUUAAAACUCUCAACCCGAGACAGACAGUUUAAGACACAGGCUAGGUAAUUAGCUGUUUGAGACCACACCUCACGAAAAAUGCACCUCCGAACAAAGAACUCCUCACAGGAAUCCUAGUUAUUUGCAGAAGGCUACCCAACAACACAAGGCUGCUCGUGAUAGUGGAAUGCAAGGCCCAGAGAGACUGGGUCCCAAUGUGAUGUUGAUUAGCAUGAAGCUGAUGCUGUAAUGCAACAAGGCUUUUGCCCAUAUGGGCUAUAAUGGAGAUGCAGAGGCCUUGAUGAAAGCUGAGGAUGCAAUGAUGGCUUGAAUAUCAGCUGCUGCAUGAACAAGGACAUUACUCACAUUAAUGCAUUGGCUUCUAGAUAAAACUGUGUAGGAAUGUGUCUAAAAGAAGUCUAAAAGAACGUAAAAAUGUGUUAUAAAUGAUAGUUUCUUUAACUUAUAUAGAACUAUAGUUGUUGGGUAUAGCCUAUGCAAGUAUUUUCAACACACAGUCAAGAAACAAAACAAAAGUUGACAAAGUGUUGUCGGCACGUAGCAACAGUUCCCAAGGCUGAUAUAAGGCUCAAUAUGUAGUGAUGAAAACAAGACGGGCUGGCUGAUUGGUUGGCUAGGUUCCCCCUUCCCUCCAUCCUUCAACCCCCCUCCUCCAUCAUCCCCCCCCCUCCCCAGCCCUUGUCAUCCCACCCAUACUCCAGGUGCAAGCCCUCACGCCUCACUGACUGAGCAUGACUUAACAUACUAACAACACGGCUUGCCCCUACACUCACCCGUAGACCUCCUCAGCGACGUCUCUGAGCUGAGCCUCUCUCACUGACCUAUCUCUCCCCCACAGGAAAAACAAGAACGCCAAGCAGAAACAGAUCAUACCCAAGGUAAACUUCAUACAUCAUACAUAUGCCAGCUAUGUGCACUCAUACAUUAAUAUAAUUUGAAAUAUAAACGUAAUAUACAAUCCGAGAUAUAUAUCUUGAAAUAUGAGAUCACGAAAUCAUCUGAUAGAAAAUGUUCCAUAUACACUCACCGGACAGUUUAUUAGGUACACCCAUCUAGUACCGGGUUGGAUCCCGCUUUUCCUCCAGAACAACCUGAAUUCUUCCGGGCAUGGAUUAUACAAGUCGAAAGCGUUCCACAGGAAUGUUGGUCUAUGAUGACGUGAUGGCAUCACGCAGUUGCUGCAGAUUGGACGGCGGUACACCACCGCCACCAGCCUGUACUGUUGACACCAGGUAGGAUGGGUCCCAUGGACUCAUGCUGCUUACGCUAACUCCUGACUCUGCCAUCAGAAUGACACAACAGGAACCGGAAUUCAUCGUACCAGGCAAUGUUUUUCCACUCCUCAAAUGUCCGGUGUUGGUGAUCGCGUGCCCACUGGAGCCACUUCUUGUGUUUUAUAAAAAUAUAAACGCAACAUGUAAAGUGUUGGUCCCAUCCAUGUUUCAUGAGCUCUGAAAGAAAAUAUCCCAGAGAUUUUCCAUAUUCACAAAAAGCGUAUUUCUCUCAAUUGUUUACAUCCCUGUUGGUGAGUAUUUCUCCUUUACCAAGAUAAUCCAUCCACCUGACAGGUGUGGCAUAUCAAGACAUGAUCAUUACACAGGUGAACCUUGUGCUGGGGACAAUAAAAGGCCACUAAAAUGUGCAAUUUUGUCACACUGUUGCCAGAGAAUUUGAUGUUAAUUUCUCUACGUCGUUUUAGAGAAUUUGGGAGUACAUCCGACUGGCCUCACAACCGCAGACCAUGUGUUUGGCGUCAUGUGGGCGAGCAGUUUGCUGAUGUCAACGUUGUGAACAGAGAGCACCAUGGUGGGGUUAUGGUAUGGGCAGGCAUAAGCUACGGACAACAAACACAAUUGCAUUUUAUUGAUGGCAAUUUGAAUGCAAAAAAAUACCGUGACGAGAUCCUGAGGCCCAUUGUGAGGCCCAUUUUUUAAAAAGGUAUCUGUGACCAACAGAUGCAUAUCUAUAUUCCCAGUCAUGUGAAAUCCAUAGAUUAGGACCUAAUAAAUGUAUUUCAAUAGACUGAUUUCCUCAUAUGAACUCUAACUCAGUAAAAUCUUUGAAAUGGUUGCAUUUAUAUUUUUGUUCAGUGUAUUUUCUGUGAAGGAAAACUAUAGUUGCACGUCCAUGAUCACUCUAUUGAAGUAAAAAAAACACUGUUGAAUUUCAAUAUAAAAUGCCACUCCUGUUGUGCUAUUUACAAACAAACACGUGACUGGCUCAACUGUUCUGGAAAACUACAGUAAGCUUCAUAUUGUAAACAAAUCUAACUGGUUUAAUGAAGAACCCGAUCUGCUUUAUCUCCUAAUAUAUUGCACAAGUUGACUGCAGGUAUUUACUUAAAAAGUAGCUACAAAUAUUAAAAAGUUAUUGAAAAACUUCAAAUAUAUAUUCAAUGGUAUUGACAGUUUGAAAAACUAUCCAAAUACACUGGUAUACCGAACCUACGUCGCAUCAUUCUCAGGAAACCCUAGACGCGUGAAAAGCCCAGGAGGGCUGCCAUUUCUGAGAUACUGGAUCCGGCGUGCCUUGCACCGACUAUCAUACCACGCUCAAAGUUGCUUAGGUCACUUGUUUUGCCCAUUCUAACGUUCAAUCAAACAGUAACUGAAUGCCUGUCUGCCUGCUGUAUAUAGCAAGACACGGCCACUUGACUCACUCUGUAGGAGUGAUCAUUUUUUGUGAACUGGGGGUGUACCUAAUAAACUGGCCGGUGGGUGUAUGUCUUCUUUCAAAAUAUUUAAUUUGACUCAGAGUAUCAAUGAGACUGUUGUGCUAUCUGCAGACAUUUAGAACUCUGUGAUGUUGAUGCUGUUCCUUAGAGCCUUCUGGACUCUCGCUCCCUGAAGUUCAUCGUCGGUCGGACCAUCCACGACCGCUCCACCAAGUCUCUGCAUCACCUCAACAAGAAGAAGAAGACCCCCAGCAUCAGCGCUCAGUUCCAGGUCAGCUGAUCUCAUCAGCAAAUACCACAGACACUAACAUACACCUGCAAAUACACAGCCACCCUUCACACACUGCAAACUUCAUACAAUGCAGAUGCAGAACAUGGUGAAAUGUUUAUUUGUUGAGGUAAGUUUUAAUUGACAUGAAAUCUCUUUUACAUUGACAGACCUCUCUGACAAAGCUGCUAGAGAAUCUGGGCAGAGCAGAGCCCUUCUUCAUCCGCUGUAUUCGCUCCAACUCUGAGAAGGUAAAGUUACUUUACUAAAAACAUGUUUUACAAGAGUUGGAGUUUGAAUUUUUUUCAAGUUUCACUCCACAAUGAUACAAUAGUUGACAAUCCAAAAUCAGCUGUCAUAGUAAAACAUGGUACAGUUUCAUUAGGUGUCAUCUAUAACACAUGAUCAUCUACAGUGGGUAGUAUUUGAUACACUGACGAUUUUGCAGGUUUUCCUACUUACAAAGCAUGUAGAGGUCUGUAAUUUUUAUCAUAGGUACACUUCAACUGUGAGAGACGGAAUCCAGAAAAUCACAUUGUAUUAUUUUUAAGUAAUUAAUUUGCAUUUUAUUGCAUGACAUAAGUAUUUGAUACAUCAGAAAAGCAGAAGUUAAUAUUUGGUACAGAAACCUUUGUUUGCAAUUACAGAGAUCAUACGUUUCCUGUAGGUCUUGACCAGGUUUGCACACACUGCAGCAGGGAUUUUGGCCCACUCCUCCAUACAGACCUUCUCCAGAUCCUUCAGGUUUCGGGGCUGUCGCUGGGCAAUACAGACUUUCAGCUCCCUCCAAAGAUGUUCUAUUGGAUUCAGGUCUGGAGACUGGCUAGGCCACUCCAGGACCUUGAGAUGCUUCUUACGGAGCCACUCCUUAGUUGCCCUGGCUGUGUGUUUCGGGUCGUUGUCAUGCUGGAAGACCAAGCCACGACCCAUCUUCAAUGCUCUUACUGAGGGAAGGAGGUUGUUGGCCAAGAUCUCGCGAUACAUGGCCCCAUCCAUCCUCCCCUCAAUACGGUACAGUCGUCCUGUCCCCUUUGCAGAAAAGCAUCCCCAAAGAAUGAUGUUUCCACCUCCAUGCUUCACGGUUGGGAUGGUGUUCUUGGGGUUGUACUCAUCCUUCUUCUUCCUCCAAACACGGCGAGUGGAGUUUAGACCAACAAGCUAUAUUUUUGUCUAAUCAGACCACAUGACCUUCUCCCAUUCCUCCUCUGGAUCAUCCAGAUGGUGUAUUGGCAAACUUCAGACGGGCCUGGACAUGCGCUGGCUUGAGCAGGGGGACCUUGCGUGCACUGCAGGAUUUUAAUCCAUGAUGGCGUAGUGUGAUACUAAUGGUAUUCUUUGAGACUGUGGUCCCAGCUCUCUUCAGGUCAUUGACCAGGUCCUGCCGUGUAGUUCUGGGCUGAUCCCUCACCUUCCUCAUGAUCAUUGAUGCCCCACGAGGUGAGAUCUUGCAUGGAGCCCCAGACCGAGGGUGAUUGACCGUCAUCUUGAACUUUUUCCAUUUUCUAAUAAUUGCGCCAACAGUUGUUGCCUUCUCACCAAGCUGCUUGCCUAUUGUCCUGUAGCCCAUCCCAGCCUUGUGCAGGUCUACAAUUGUAUCCCUGAUGUCCUUACACAGCUCUCUAGUCUUGGCCAUUGUGGAGAGGUUGGAGUCUGUUUGAUUGAGUGUGUGGACAGGUGUCUUUUAUACAGGUAACGAGUUCAAACAGGUGCAGUUAAUACAGGUAAUGAGUGGAGAACAGGAGGGCUUCUUAAAGAAAAACUAACAGGUCUGUGAGAGCCGGAAUUCUUACUGGUUGGUAGGUGAUCAAAUACUUAUGUCAUGCAAUAAAAUGCAAAUGUAUUACUUAAAAAUCAUACAAUGGGAUUUUCUGGAUUUUUGUUUUAGAUUCCGUCUCUCACAGUUGAAGUGUACCUAUGAUAAAUAUUACAGACCUCUACGUGCUUUGUAAGUAAGAAAACCUGCAAAAUCGGCAGUGUAUCAAAUACUUGUUCUCCCCACUGUAUACAUUAUUGGUAUCAGUUAUUAUAUAUUACAUCAUCCAUACAUGUGUAUUCAUAAACAAAAACAAAGAACAGUAGCUAAAAGGACAUUUAGGCUACUACGUAUAACCAAGAUGAUGAUGAUAAAUGUUUGAGUUUGUUCCUCUAACGACGUGCUGUGUAUCUGGGGGCGGCUGGUAGCUUAGUGGUUAAGAGCGUUGUGCCAGUAACCGAAAGGUCGCUGGUUCUAAUCCCCGAGCCGACUAGGUGAAAAAUCUGUCUGUGCCCUUGAGCAAGGCACUUAACCCUAAUUGCUCCUGUAAGUUCCUCUGGAUAAGAGCGUCUGCUAAAUGACUAAAAUGUAAAUGUAUCUGUGUGAGUGCAGAAAGAGAUGUGCCUGAACGAGACCCUGGUGCUGCAGCAGCUGCGCUACACAGGCAUGCUGGAGACGGUUCGCAUCCGAAGGUCUGGCUAUGGAGCUAAGUACAUCUUCCAGGUACACUGCACCUCUUCACUGACUCAGAUAGCCAGUAGACACCAGGAAGGAAGCAAUAUCUGUUGUUGAUUAUUUACCAAUAGCUAACUCCGUAACUUGUACAUGUAUACUGAACAAAAGUAUAAAAGCAACAUGUAAAGUGUUGGUCCCAUGUUUCAUGAGCUGAAAUAAAAGAUCCCAGAAAUUUUCCAUACGCACAAAAAGCUGAUUUCUGUCAAAUUUUGGUCACAAAUUUGUUUACAUCCGUGUUAGUGAGCAUUUCUCCUUUUCAAAGAUAAUCCAUCCACCUGACAGGUGUGGCAUAUCAAGAAGCUGAUUAAACAGCAUGAUCAUUACACAGGUACACCUUGUGCUGGGGACAAUAAAAGGCUACUCUAAAAUGUGCAGUUUUGUAACACUACACAAUGCCACAGAUGUCCCAAGUUUUGAGGGAGCGUGCAAUUGACAUGCUGUCUGCAGGAAUGUCAACCAGAGCUGUUGCUAUAUAAUUUUAUGUUAAUUUCUCUACCAUAAGCCGCCUCCAACGUCAUUUUAGAGAAUUUGGCAGUACGUCCAACCGGCCUCACAAUCACAGACCACGUGUAACCACGCCAGCCCAGGACCUCCACAUCCGGCUGCUUCACUUGCAAGAUCGUCUGAGACCAGCCACCCGGACAGCUGAUGAAACUGUGGGUUUGCACAACCGAAUAAUUUUUGCACAAACUGUCAGAAACCAUCUCAGGGAAGCUCAUCGGCGUGCUCAUCUUCCUCACCAGGGUCUUGACCUGACUGCAGUUCGACGUCAUAAGAGACUUCAGUGGGCAAAUUCUUACCUUCAAUGGCCACUGGCAUUCUGGAAAAGUGUGCUGUUCACGGCCGAAUCCCGGUUUCAACUGUACCGGGCAGAUGGCAGACAGCGUGUAUGGUGUUGUGUGGGCGAGUGGUUUGCUGAUGUCAACGUUGUGAGCAGAGUGCCCCAUGGUGGCGGUGGGUUAUGGUAUGGGCAGGCAUAAGCUACGGACAACAAACACAAUGGCAUUUUAUCGAUGGCAAUUUGAAUGCACAGAUAUACCUUGACAAGAUCCAGAGGCCCAUUGUCGUACCAUUCAUCCGCCGCCAUCACCUCAUGUUUCAGUAUGAUAAUACAUUGCCCCAUGUCGCAAGAAUCUGUACACAAUUCCUGGAAACCGAAAAUGUCCCAGUUCUUCCAUGGCCUGCAUACUCACCAGACAUGUCACCCCUUGAGCAUGUUUGGUAUUAUCUGGAUUGACGUGUAUGACAGCGUGUUCCAGUUCCCACCAAUAUCCAGCAACAUCGCACAGCCAUUGAAGAGUUGGACAACAUUCCACAGGCCACAAUCAACAGCCUGAUUAACUCUUUGCGAAGAUGUGUCGUGCUGCAUGAGGCAAAUGGUCACACCAGAGACUGACUGGUUUUCUGAUCCACGCCCAUACCUUUUUUUUAAGGUAUCUGUGACCAACAGAUGCAGAUAUGUAUUCCCAGUCAUGUGUAAUCCAUAAAUUAGGGCCUAAUGAAUUUAUUUCAAUUGACUGAUUUCCUUAAAUGAACUGUAACUCAGUAAAAUCUUUUAAAUUGUUGCCUGUUGCGUUUAUAUUUUUGUUCAGUAUAAGAAGGAAAAUGUUUAUUGUGUCAAUGCAGACACAAAUUACUUAUGCGAAAUUCAUGACAGACACAUAAUUGUCCACUACACGAUUUUGUAUACAGUGCAUUUCAAUCACAGAUAAAGGCAGUAGGUUACUUUAUACAGAAAUGAUAGGAGGGAGGUUGGUCGGGGAGGAUGGGUGGGUUUAUAAUCUGAAGGUCUAGCAAUUUCAAAUAAGUAGUUUGUGUCUAUUUCACAAAAACCUGUGAUUGUGUUGGUCAACCAACUAAAUACGUUUUAUAAAUGUGUCCCUAUAGGAAUUCAUUGAGCAAUUCCGAGUGUUGCUGCCCAAAAAUGCCACACCCUCCAAGCCAGAGGACAUCUCAGCCUUGUUCCAGAGGAUGAAUCUAGACCACACCACCUACCAGAUAGGCAAAACCAAGGUUAGACAAGCGCUCCUUCGCUCUUUUCACUCAGAAACCUCACUUUCCUAUGAUAUGUUAAAGAUAUAGGAAAUAGUGGUGAUACUUUCUAAACUAUUAACAUAAGUAAAAUGGACAGGUAGCCUAUUUUCCCCAGAGAGAUAUAAUAAGAUGUACAGUUUUCUCUUAUGUAUCUCUUGAAUUAAAUUGCGAUCCUCAGGUUUACCUGAAGGAACUAGAGCGUCAGCAGCUGCAGGACAUGCUGCACAAGGACGUGAUGCGUAAGAUCAUCUUCCUGCAGCGCUGGUUCAGGGCCCACCUGGAGAGGAGGUACUUCUUGGAGAUGAGACAGGCGGCCAUCUUGAUCCAGGUAAGCUGUGUGAUAACCCAUCCUGUAGGUGUAACGCCAUAAAACUGUCUGUACAGAAAAGGCACGGAUGUCAGUUCAAAGUUAUUACUUUUCCCUAUAUGGACUGCCUAGAAAACUAUAAUUUUCUGUGUCUAUUUCUUACAAAGAAAUGCAUAUAAAUUGUCCAAUAGCCUUCCUAUAUGAGACAAUCAUAUUUCUGCAGACAGGCUAAUAAUGUGUUCUUGCCCCUGUUCGUCCCUCCUAGCGUGCAUGGCAUAGGCACCACAAGGAGAGACGGUGUCAGGCAGCCACACUGAUUCAGGCCGUUUGGAGGGGCUCUAGACAGAGAUCAGAGUACCUCCGCAGGCGGACCAACAUCAAGAAAAUACAGGCUCUGGCCAGAGGACACUCAGCACGGAGGAGGUACAGCACCAGGCUACACCACUGAAAUACUUCUUGUAGUAUUUAUAUAGUUUGAAAUGCUUCGAGUUACUGGUAAACAUUGACUAAGUGAUUAUUAACACCAUCUCAUGAAUUCUGGUACUAGUGUUGUCAGAAUCCCCACAGUCAUUUGUUACAAAUACUUAGAAAAUGCUAUGAGAUGCCUAACAUUGUGAUAUGGAUAUUGAACCACCUCUGAAUUAUGUUGGACUUUACAGGUGCCAUUCAAUACGGGAGGACAAGAGGAAAAAGGAGGAUGAAGAAGAGGAGGCCAGGAGGAGGGCAGAGGAAGAGGCAGCCAGGCUAGUGAGAGAGGCAGAAGAGGAGGCAGCCCGACUGGAAAUGGAGGCAGAGGAAGUGGCAUAUAGGAGAAAGAAAGAGGCAGAGCGGGAGGCAGCGGAGAGGAGGGCGAGGGAGAAUGAGGAGGCACGGCUGAGGCAGGCAGAAAGGGUCAAUGAGGAACCUGAGACACAGGAGGAACCAGAGGCACAGGUGGCAGCUGAAAGGACUCUAGAUGAGAGCCGACAUUGGGACAAAGUGCCUGUCCAGGACAAGGAGGAGCAGAGGGAGGAAGUGGAAGAUGGCGAGGCUGCAGCUAGUUCACCUCCCGAGAAGGUGGGAAAGCGGGAUGCCUCUGCAGUCUCCCAGCCUAAUAAGGGCAACAGUACACAGGCUGAGGCUGGGCCCCAGCCAGAGGAUGAGAGCCAGGCUGUGGAGGAACUGGAGGAAGCCCACUCCGAGGAGCCCGAGGAGGAGGGGACCACAGAGGCAGCUGCCCCCCAGUCACCAGAGAGAUACAAGGGGGCUCAGGCGGCUGCGGAGGCUUCCCCCUCCACAGACCCCCAGUCGGGGCAGAAGAAACUACGACCUCCCCCCCUCCACAAGGCCCCAGCCUCCAGGAGCCAGGAGAAGAGAGAGCUGCGGCGCCAGCGGGGCCUGGAGCACAGCCAGAGAGAGAGUGAGCGGGUCGCCUCGGCAGCCACCAAGGAGGAGCCCGCCCCUAAGGUCAUGGAUCAGGAGGCAGCCAACCGAGCCGAGGGAAAGCCAAAAGGCCGGCCUGAGCGGACGGACAGCAAGGAGAUGGACCAGUACACCUUUGUAGCCUGGAAGAAAGAAGACAAGGGGAAGAAGGAAGCCAAAGCCGCCACCCCUGCACCUAUACGCCCCAGCACCUUACACCUGAACCCCCCUGAGCCAAUGGCUAACAGGAACGGCCAUGAGGUCCUGGGUCCAGGCAACCUGACUCGCUACAGCCAACAGGACGCCAUGAAGGAGAAGGCAGAGAAAUGGAAGGAGAGGAAGAUUGAUGUACGACAACCAGAGAGUACCAGUCCUCCUGAGGCCCACAGCAAGGACAGGAUAAAAAAACAUUCACAGUACGACGUUUCAUAUCCUUCUGAUAUCUACACUAAUAUGAAUUAGUUAUACUUGCUUCAGGAUGUUAUUGUAUUUGCAACAUGAGGAAGGACUGAUGAUUCUCCCAGUUAUGAUCAUGAAUUUCCCUCAUAUCUCUAUCCCACUUUAUUUCCAGGAGUGGUGGAAACUCUUCAUCUCUUGAUGCUAUGUCCCCUGGAUUGGCUGGUGCUACUUCAAACAGAGAGGUAACAUGCUCAUUGCUCUAGUAUUAUACCCACCGUGUUGUGUGCCUUGCCUUUCUUAUUAACUGUUAUUUUCAUCAAAUAUGAGAGCAGCACAUCAGAUCUGAACAGGCUGAAGCUAGCCAAUCACAUCCUUCCUGCAUGGCAUCUGAAUGGAAGCUCAAAGUGUCGUUGUGCUUUUCUGGCUAGGUCAGAGCACGUUACCGUAAACGUUCCAAACACAAUCGUCGGCUAGCUCGUAGACGCUCGCCUUUUAAGAAAAGUGCAGAAAUGGAGGAUGUGGCGUAUUGGACCUGCUUCCCUUUGUCCCCUGUGAGCCCAAGCAGGCCCUUGCACUCAAAGUCCAUGGAUAAGGUAUAAUCACAAAGCCAGAGCACAGCUUGCCACCUCAGAGUAACUGAGCCCUGCCAGCCAAAGCAAACCUGGUGCGUCCUCGCACACCUUUGGCUCUUUAUCUUUGGACUCUAUUUUCUGACCUUUUCUGCCAUAGUGUUUAACCCCAUCAUCAUACACUUCCUUAGAUGUAACACAGAACAUAAUAAAGAGGCUUAGGAGUGUAUACACUCCAGGGUUGAUCAACUCCACAAUGAAACCCUUUCUGGUCGACCGUCAUGAUUUAGCUGUUUCGUCACAGGUUGGGCUAGCCAUGUGGUUCAUAAUGGGCUAUUUCACCCAGCAGUUAAUCUUAUUUGAUCAAAUGUCAUGUCCAUGGCAGCAAAAACAAUGAGUUGUAUCAUGGCUACCAUUUUGCCAGACUCUUACUGUAACUGUGUGCCAGUAUAUUUGCAUCUACAUUCAGCAGUGUUAUUGGACAAUAACAAACACAACUCUCUCAUUUUCCAAUUGAAUGAUUCAUUUGUUAUUUAAAUAACAAGUGGUCCCAGAUUAUUUGGGGACUUGACUCAAUAAUGAUUUGGCUUUCCCAAAAUCCACCACAAAAAAAGGUAAAUGUGCUGAUGGGAAUAAACAUGGGUGUAUUUUUCAGGUGAUAAAAUGAUAACGUCAUCCAUAAUUUGUGUAUCGAUUAUGAGUAGUGGUGAACUUUUAAGGUAGUUGUCCCCAAGAUUGGUUGUUUGUGGAAGUUGGCUACUCAUGGAAAUCUUUGGAAGUUGUGUAGGUGGGGUUUUCAUGGAAGUUUAUUGGUUGCUGUUGUGUUGGGGCCAUUCUUGAUUGCUGGAAAUGUAAUCUCUCUUUCCUAUCACAACUGGAACAAGGCCUGGGCUUUUGAACACCUGCUCAAUGGGUAGGGAAUUAUACAGUAUAGUUUGGUUCCUCACAUUGUUCUUAUUUCUUUUCUCCUUGUAUCGCCAGUCUCCUACAGAGGAUGGGUCAAAGGGCAGCAUGAAGAGGAGGACCCAUGACACCUCAGGCCACCAGGACACUGUCCACACUCACCCCUCCACCCCAGAGAGGUACGGUGCUUCAGGGAAACUAAUGGGAGAUAUUGCACAGCAGGGUGGGGGACUGAAUAGUCCUGGCUGAUUCCUUUUGGGUUGUGAAAAGAGACUGGGUUGAACCUAGAAAUAUUGGCUUUGUUUAUUUGAUGAGUCAUAAGAGCAUUCCAAAAGCUUUUGGCAGGUUACAGCAUAAAAUGGUUUGGGAACAAGUGGUGUAGAUUAGAACCUUACUUGGCCAAUAUUAUGGUUUGAUGCCUUGGGUUUUGGAUGUCAAAUCACAUACUAUGAUGUCCUAAGGGUCUUCCAGAUAACCCCAGUGCUUGAGUGUGAUGGUAAUGUAAUAGAGACUAAUAUAGGAACAGUGGAGGGAAACCCUUCACCAGACGAUUUCAUCCACCCAGGAGGUCUGAGUCAGAUGACCCAUGGGAAUAUACUCUUCCUUGUGUAAUCAAACUUUCCAGCUCCUUGAUGUGGCUUGCUGCACAAACUAGAGUUUCCCAUAUAUAGCUAUAGAGGCAGUUUGUUAUUGGAUGGGAUGGAUUCCGGAAAUUCCUUAACUUCAUUUACUCUUUCAUUAAUUAACUUUUUUGAAUGUGCUGUGCCAUGACAAAGUUUCUAUCAGAUUGGAAGAUUGAAGAUUGCGCUUUAUUUUGAUUUUGCUUUGGAUUGUUACCAUGGUUCUCAGUGAGCAGAGUUGGUCUGUAAACCCUGAAAAUAUGUGGUGCUGGACUGUACCAAUGAGAAAAUGUAGUACUGUAGUCUUACAUACAAAACCCCUCACAGGUCUGCCCCUUGAUAUUCCCACUUCAUAAAGAUUCAGCAUUCACAUCUCACACAUCUGUUCACUAAAACAAAGCAUGUUUUAUCCAAUUCUCAUGCAUGGUGGCAGAUGUGAUCUAUUUCUGUGUCAAGUCUGAACAACAGGUACUCUUGUAAUUGUCAUUCAUAUUAUUAGGAUUAGAUACAUUACUCACCUGUGCCUAUUUACUGUAGCUUAGUCUCGCACCAAGAAUGGCAUGACAGUCAAACCCAUUAAAAACCAUGAUACACAUUAAUUACCCAUAAAUGUUCGACUUACAGUGCAUUUGCAUUGACUGAGUGUGGUAACAGUGUGGUGUUGACAGAGUUUGUUUGAUUGUGCAGUAGAUCCUCAGGGUUCCUGAGGAAGAUCCUGAAGAAACGUCCCCAUAAGGAGCCUCAGACCCCUGACGAUGGAGAUCUGACCACGGCCCAGGCCCUGAUCGAACGAGGAGAAGGUAAGUGGCACCUGGACGCAGCCUUGAGGAACACCAAAUAUGUGACCUGACCAGGAAAGACUCUGGGUCCUAGUUAUACAAUAGGUUCUACAAUAAGGACCACAUUAUUUGUGCUGAUCCAGUCUGGCCUGGAAUUGGCAGUGGUCUUAAUCAUGUGAAGGUGCUGGAAGAGUGCAGUGAUGUAGGGGUGAUACAGGGUCAGUCACUUCCUGAACAUGAGACCCAGAGAGAAAAUCCAGGUGUUUGCUUUCAGGGUAAAUAAUGAGGCAUGUAGGAUUAAGCUCUAUCAAAACAAGAUAGUUUGGACCUUUCAUGAAUCUGGCUCUAGCCUCUUGCAAUGGCAGUGCAUGAGAGUUUGGACCUUUCAUGAAUCCGGCUCUAGCCUCUUGCUAUGGCAGUGCAUAAGAGUUUGGCGUUUGAGAGGGGUAAAAAGGGGAUGACAUAUCAACACUUAAUUUGGAAUGAAGUUAACAGCUUUAAUUUCCUGGACAAAAAUAUAUAUACUGAACAAAAAAUAUAAACGCAACAUGUAAAGAAUUGGUCCCAUGUUUCAUGAGCUGAAAUAAAAGAUCCCAGAAAUGUUCCAUAUUCACAAAAAUAUAAUUUGUUUACAUUGUUGUUAGUGAGCAUUUCUCCUUUGCCAAGAUAAUCCAUCCACCUGACAGGUGUGGCAUAUCAAGAAGCUGAUUAUACAGCAUGAUCAUUUCACAGGUGCACCUUGUGCUGGGGAACAAUAAAAGGCCACUCUAAAAUGUGCAGUUUUGUCACACAACACAAUGCCACAGAUGUCUCAAGUUUUGAGGGAGCGUGCAAUUGACAUGCUUACUGUAGGAAUGUCCACCAGAGCUGUUGCCAGAGAACUGAAUGUUCCUUUACCUACCAUAAGCCGCCUCCAACGUCGUUUUAGAGAAUUUGGCAGUACUUCCAACCGGCCUCACAACCGCAGACCACGUAUAACCACGCCAGCCCAGGACCUACACGGCUUCUUCACCUGCGGGAUCGUCUGAGACCAGCCACCCGGAAAGCUGUUGAAACUGAGGAGUCUGUCUGUAAUAAAGCCCUUUUGUGGGGAAAAACUCAUUCUGAUUGGCUGGGCCUGGCUCCCCAGUGGGUGGGCCUAUGCCCUCCCAGGCCAACCCAUGGCUGCACCCCUGCCCAGUCAUGUGAAAUCCAUAGAUUAGGGCCUAAUUUAUUUAUUUCAAUUGACUGAUUUCCUUAUAUGUACUGUAACUCAGUGAAAUCGUUGAAAUUGUUACAUGUUGCAUUUAUAUUUUUGUUCAGUAUACCGGUAUAUAAAAUGUGCCCAGGUCCCAACAAAAUCUACAUUUUAGAGCUUUGUUGGCUAUCAGAUUCUACAGCAAAGUUUAGGAUAUCUUUAUUCCAAACCCUGUUUUUUUUCGCAUAAUGUAUAAUGAUAUUUAUACAUAUUGACAACACUGCGCUCGCUCUCGCUCUCUCGCUCUCUUCCACACAACCCCGCCUCUCUCACACAUCCCGCUCACACCCAGACCCGGCUAGUGGAGGUCGGGUGGUGAGCCAGAACCCCACCAUCAAGAUCAGCCAGGCCACACGGGUCUCAGAGCAGUGGAACGCCUCACUGGACCGGGAGAUUACCAACGCCAAUGAACUCCGACACCUGGAUGAGUUCCUGGGGAAUCAGGUCGGACCGCUUUUCUGCUUCUUUAUACAGCUAGGGCUAACUGUUACGAGGGUUGUUCUCAGUCACACACCUUGUGUAGUUUCCAGGUGCAUAGAGGUAAAAUACACUUAUUGUAAUAUUUUCAAUUGACCACAAUGUGUUUAAUCUCUCUGUCUGUAGGUGAAUGACUUCCGCUCCAGGGGGAAGCAGUUGUCGGCAACCGAGGACAUCUUCAUCUCAGCCACCGUGCAGUUCAGAGAGACCAUCAAGGGCAUGUACUCUCUCCCAGUGAGUGGACACACACACACACUAUGGAUUAUGAAUGGGUGAUGUUUUAUACAUUUCUGACUCCCUCUCUCUCUCCUGUGGUGGACAGAAACCCCACAUUGGCUACAACGGUCUGAUGCGUGGCUACCAGAACAGGGUGAUCAUCCUGGCCGGAGACAAGAAGAAGGGUGAGGUGCAGCUGGUGGUCAACCUCUUCCAGUCUGUCCUGGAUGGCUUCAUACGGGGGGAGAUCAAGAAGGAGGAGGCAGAACCAGCCAAGGUGAACCUGCGUAUUUUGUCAUAGGGCUAUUAUCAGGGGGUUUUCUGGAUCAAAAAAGAGGCUUGGCUUAGGUGGUGGGUGUGGCAGGUGGCGAGGCAAUGGGCGCAGUCGGCCCGUCAGCGAGGCUGAAUUUUCAAGAACAUUUUAAAGGCCCCCAUCUUGGUGGUGGUAGACAUUUUUGAAUUUUUAAGCCAAUUUCCUGCAAUUCUACAUAUUUUUCCAUAGACCUGAAAUAAAUUUUUGCAGUUUAAUGCUCAUUUCCUGCAGUUCUACAAAUUUUUCCAUGGAGAUAAAAUGUUGCCAUUUUAAAGCUAAUUUCCUGCAUUUCUAUGCAUUUUGCUAUGGCUAGUGCUGUGUUAUUUUGCUCAAACAGGAAAAACAAAAUCAAUACUGCUAAAUUCAUUGUGUUGAGAAUUUUCUAUUCUCCCGACUGUCUAGCUUUGGUGAUUGUUAGUUAGUUCUCAAAGAUUAUAUUAUUGAAAAAUAUAAAGGGUCAGUUAUCAUUUCUACAUACGUUGUAGCUUGUUUUUAGUAAUUUAAGUUUACAUUGAAAGCGUUUUUACAUCCCGAAAAUGAAUUUCUAACAAAUUAAAGAUUUUACACCGCUUGGACUUAGGCCCGCCCAAGGAUUUCAGUUGCAGAAAAAUCCCUAUAUUAUUGCAGUAGGCAAAUCCAAGCACCCUGGUGAAGGCUUUAUGCUAUAACAGUUGGCAUAAACAGCACUUUGGGUUUUAGUCAUCAAAACCAUUUACAAGGCUUUUGUAGAACCAGUGCCUCGCUAUGCUCGACUGCUGUAUGAUAAACACAGUAUUGAUUGAUAUAUGGAUUAAAUGAAUUAGCUAUUGAUGUGUUUAUGUCUGUAUUUCAGCCUGAUAAAGCUCGGAAGAAGAGGCGGAAAAAAGACAAGGGUGUAAGUACAAAGGAUCAGCCAUAAAAUCUGUCCAAUCCUUUCUCAUUAUGGCAAGAAACAGGUAACUGCCAAAAUAAAGGAAACACCAACAUAUAAUAAUAAUCAUAAUAGGGCGUUGGGCCACCACGAGCCAGAACACCUUCAAUGCACCUUGGCAUAGGUUGUACAAGUGUCUGGAACUCUAUUGGAGGGAUGCGACACCAUUCUUCCACAAUAAAUUAGGUGUUUUGUUGAUGGGAAAACGCUGUCUCAGGUACGGUUCCAGAAUCUCCCGUAAGUGUUCAAUUGGGUUGAGAUCUGGUGACUGAGACGGCCAUGGCAUAUGGUUUACAUCGUUUUCAUGCUCAUCAAAGCAUUCAGUGACCAUUCGUGCCCUGUGGAUGGGGGCAUUGUCAUCCUAUGGGGGCAUAGCCAUGGUAGCCAAAAUAAUGGCCUGCCCAGCAUUUUUAUACAUGACCCUAAGCAUGAUGGGUUGUUAAUUGCUUAAUUAACUCAGGAACCACACCAGUGUGGAAGCACCUGCUCAUUUACUUAAGUGUUUCCAUUAUUUUGCCAGGUACCUGUAUUCAAUGAAAUUACUCUAUAAAUAUCUAUAUCAAUGUGUCCAAUUGUUAUGGUUUAGAUGGAGAACCCUUUGGACCAUGUGUUCAGCACAUACCAGGUUAACAUCAUGCAGUCCUGUGACCAGUGCAGCUCCUAUAUCUGGGGCAUGGAGAAAGCCUGCAUGUGCAGCUGUGAGUACCACAAACACAAAUAUUCUGACAACAUUCACAUUCUAGUAACAAGGAUGACACUCUCGAAAUGAUUGAUGUGAAUGUUGAGAAUAGUUUUUACAUUCUUCUGAGCACCACCAUGAACACAAAUGCUAAGUAAUGUUUUUAUUCCUCCAGAUUGCAAGAUGGUGUGCCACAAGAAGUGCCUCUGCAAAAUUGUCACAGACUGCUCCACGUUUUGUGUCAAAAAGGUCAACUUUAACCUCAUUCUUGGACCAUGAUUUAGGUUGGCUAAUGUCAAGUCAGGAUUGGUCCCUAUGUUACUCCCUAUGUGACUAAUAUGCCACUGUCUGUGUAUGCAGAGUGAUGAGUCGGGAGGCCUGCACUUUGGGGUGCGAGUCUGUCACCUGACCAGCGAUAAGAACCCUGUUCCCAUGGUGCUGGAGAUAAUGCUGGAGCACGUGGAGAUGAACGGCCUGUACACGGAGGGGAUCUACCGCAAGUCUGGCUCCGCCAACCGCAUGAAGGAGCUCCACCAGCGAAUGGAGACUGGUAAGGACCUGCCAUACCAUAAACAGUGUAGCAGUGCUUUCAGAGAGCUGCAAAGAUAUUGAUGGGUAACACUUGAAGGGUUAUAUGUAAGACAUACUUAACAUGUAACACCUACACAAGCACUAGAGUACUUGUAUUUUUCACAUUUCAUAGUGCCUAGAGAUCUUACAUUUUACAUUAUAUCUCUUCAUGUUCCCAUUCUAUGACUUGUGUAAUGGUUGUUGUUGUGUGGCAGACCCCCACUCAGUGUGCCUAGAGGACUACCCCAUCCACACAGUGACUGGGCUGGCCAAACAGUGGCUGAGGGAGCUGCCUGACCCCCUCAUGACCUUCACUCAUUACAAUGACUUCCUUCGGGCCGUAGGUGAGUCCUGUUAUAGCGCUAGGUUUAGACAAAACUCUGCCCCACUAUAGACCAUGGCUCUUCUCCAGUAUUAAGAGAGAUGGGUACUCUUCUUUUCAUUUUGUAAUAUAAUUUACGUCCACAAGGGGAAGCCCCUAUAUCAGCCCAUGUGGGUUAUGGUCUCCUUUGUAUAUUCUACUGAGAUAUUCUACUGAAUGUUGAAAUGUGGUGUAAUAUUGUCUAGUGCAGGGGUGUCAAAUGUCCGGCCCGCGGGCCGGAUCAGGCCCACAAACGGGUUUAAUCCGGCCCGCGAGAUGAUUUUGAAAAAUAAAAAAUAAAAAAAAUAAUACAAAAUUUGUAAAGUAUAAAAAUGCGCUGCAAUUUUUCAAUAAAAUAAACUGCUGUUCCAAUUGCGUCCACUGGAUGGCGCAAUAGCAAUUGUGUUAAGCAAGCAAACUGUUUAUACCUGGGCAGAGCAAGUAGGUCAAGCACGUGCAGCCAAUGAGCUACUUUGUUUUGCCCGCGAUAUUUAUUACGGCUUCUACUUUUAACAUUAUGUGCUUUGGCACCCUCAUUGCCCCAAUAUGUCUCUGUCAAAAAAGAGAAAAGUGGACGCAGAGUGCAGAGUGUUCCAAGAAAAAUGGUCAUCCUAUUUAUUCACGGAAUUGAAUGGGAAAGCUGUAUGUUUGGUGUGUUCAGAGCAUGUUGCAGUGCUGAAAGAAUAUAACCUUCGUCGCCACUAUGUGAGUCUUCAUGCCGACAAAUAUGACAACUUUCAAGGACAGCGGAGAUGAGAGAAGGUGAAUGAACUGUUGGCGGGUCUGAAGAAACAGCAGUCUGUGUUUACUCACAGCCGAGACAUCAGUGACGCUGCAGUGAAAGCUAGCUACCUCAUUGCUAAUGAAAUCGCAGUGGCUUCAAAACCAUUUAGUGAGGGUGAAUUUGUAAAAACAUGCAUGAUGAAGGCAGCGGAGAUUGUGUGCCCUGAAAAGCGGCAGGCUUUUGCAAAUAUCAGCCUGACAAGAAACACAGUUGCAGACAGGAUUUCCGAUCUUUCAGUGGAUUUGGACAGCCAGUUGAAGCAAAAAGUAAAGUCAUUUAUUGCGUUUUCGGUUGCAAUUGAUGAAAGCACGGACAUUACAGAUGUUGCACAACUGGCCAUUUUCAUCCGCGGAGUUGAUGACACAUUGACCGUCACCGAGGAGUUCGUGGAGUUGGUGCCGAUGACAGAUACAACGACAGCAGCUGAUAUUUUUACCGCACUCGUCGGCGCGCUGGACAGGUUCGGAGUGGACUGGUCCCGCGUUGUCAGCCUGGCUACAGAUGGUGCGCCCUCAAUGAUCGGGAAAAAAGCAGGCGUUGUGACAAAGUUCAGAGAGAAAGUGCAAUCUGCAAAUGGAGGACGUGAUUUUUUGACUUUUCACUGUAUUUUGCACCAGGAGGCUUUGUGUUGCAAGUCAUUAAAGAUGGAUAACGUCAUGAAGGUGGUCAUCCAAACUGUUAAUUUCAUCCGAUCCAGAAGCCUGAAUCACCGUCAGUUUGACAGCCUUCUCAGAGAGAAAGACCACAUCUAUGGCCUGCCAUACCACACUGAGGUAAGAUGGUUAAGCCGAGGUGCUGUGCUGAGGCGUUUCUUUGAUUUACGAGAAGAAAUUGAACAGUUCAUGGAAGAAAAGGGCAAACCAGUGUUAGAAUUUCAUUCCGCAGAAUGGAUGCAGGACCUUGCAUUUAUGGUGGAUGUUACAGAGCACCUGAAUAACUUGAACAAACAGCUGCAAGGGCGCAACAAAGUUGUCACGCAGUAUUAUGACAGCAUACGUUCUUUCAAGUUAAAGCUGUCAUUGUGGGAGACGCAACUUGCCGGUGGUGAUGCAGCUCACUUCCCCUGUCUGAAAAAUGUGUGCGCGACCCAACAUGUGGCAGACAUGAAGCGGUUCAAAGAUAACAUAACGGGACUGUUACGGGAGUUUGAGCAACGCUUUCAGAUUUAUGUUUAUGUUUUUAUGUUGAUGUGCUAUUGUUUUUAAUUGAUUUUAUUUUAUUUGUAUAUUUAACCUAUUCUUGACUCUGUGGUUCUUGCACUUGUUUGGGGAACAGGAUUUCAUUAUUUUUAUCUACAUUUCUGCCUGAGAAAUGACACCCUGAUAUAGUUCUGUGAUCUGUGAUAUACUUCUGUGAAUCACUGAGGCAUUGUGUGUUUGUGUGUUCUUUGUCCUCAGAACUUUCAAAUAACUUGAGGUGUUUUAUGAUUAAUAGUGAUGUUGUGCUUUUGGACACUGUCCUCAGGCUCCAGCUUUAUGUUUAUAUGUUUUUAUGUUGAUGUGCUAUUGUUUUUAAUUGUUUUUAUUUUAUUUGUAUAUUUAACCUAUUCUUGACUCUGUGGUUCUUGCACUUGUUUGGGGAACAGGAUUUCAUUAUUUUUAUCUACAUUUCUGCCUGAGAAAUGACACCCUGAUAUAGUUCUGUGAUCUGUGAAACAGUUCUGUUAAUCACUGAGGCAUUGUGUGUUUGUUCUUUUUCUUUAGAAUUUUCAAAUAAACUUGACGUGUUUUAUGAUUUAAUAGUAAUGUUGUGCUUGUACUAUUUUGGACACACUGUCCUCAGGCUCCAGCUUUAUGUUGUAUGUUGAUCGUAUUAAAACAAAGAAAACAAUCUGAAGUUGUUGUUUUUAAGUUAUAUAUACCAUGAUUUUUCCGGUCCGGCCCACUUGGGAAUAGAUUUUACUCCAUGUGGCCCCUGAGCUAAAAUGAGUUUGACACCCCUGGUCUAGUGUCAGCGGUCAUUGCAUUACAUUGUGGCUUUGUUGUUGAUCCAACAUUGGUAUUUUUCUCCUCUCUAGAACUUCCUGAAAAGCAAGAACAGCUACAUGCCAUCUACAAAGUGUUGGAACAGCUCCCCACCGCAUGCUUCAACACCUUGGAAAGGCUUGUCUUCCAUCUAGUCAGGUGCAAUACUCAUCAUGGCUGGGGCUCUCAAUUGGUUGAAUAAAGGAUUAACGACAAAAAGCACCAUGCUCAGUGUAUGUUGCUGGACGAAUACAAUUUGAAAGGACAUAUUUUUCCUUCAAACAUGAGUAAUGUUUAUUUAUUCUUCCAGAGUGUCUAAGGAGGAGUCUCACAACCGCAUGUCUCCCAACUCCCUGGCCAUCGUGUUUGCCCCCUGCAUCCUCCGCUGUCCAGACAGCGCCGACCCACUCAUGAGCAUGAGGGACGUGGCGAAGACCACCACGUGAGUCUCUCUCUGAUCACUGCAUAGACCGGAACUACUGUUACUUUAGAUAUCUGUAACAAAGGUUUUAAUCAAUUCUGGUUAAAUAAAUUAAAAUGAAGGGGAAACAAUACAGUAAGAUAAUGGUCCAUUUAGAAUGAAUUUUAUUGAUCUCAACCCUAGUUUUUGCUGUUAUGAAGUGAUUAUUUUGUUCAGGCAGCUAGGUAGGUCACUCACUCUAUGGAAAACAAUGCAGUGCCUUUAACCUCUACGGGAUCGUUGUCCCGUAUACGAGACGGUUGAGCUAAUGUGCGCUAAUGUGAUUAGCAUGACUCUUGUAAGUAACAGCAAACUUUCCAGGACAUAGACAUGUCUUAUAUGGCAUAAAGCUUAAAUUAUUGUUAAUCUAACUGCACUGUCCAAUUUACUAUAGCUAUUACAGUGAAAAAAUACCAUGCUAUUGUUUGAGGAGAGUGCACAACAACAAGAAACUUAUCAUGGCAACUGGUUUGAUACAUUCACCUCUGAAGGUAAAUAAUGUACUUACAUUCAGUAAUCUUGCUCUGAUUUGUCAUCCUGAGUGUCCCAGAGAUAUAAUGUAGCGUAGUUUUGUUUGAUAAAUACAUUUUUAUAUUCAAAUGUAGGAACUGGGUUCUACAGUUUGAACCCUUGCUGUCUCUGGCUCUACACCCACCCCGCCCAGCCAUCUAGAUGUGUGAAAGUUAGUGUAUAAGCUAAUGAUCCAUCAUGUAUGACAUUCCUGGGAGUGUGUACAUUUACAUUUACGUCAUUUAGCAGACGCUCUUAUCAAGAGCGACUUACAAAUUGGUGCAUUCACCUUAUGAUAGCCAGUGGGACAACCACUUUAAAAAAUAUAUUUUUAGAAUUUUCAUUUGUUUUAUUUAUAUAUAUAUAUAUAUAUAUAUAUAUAUAUAUAUAUAUAUAUAUAAUCUAUCUAUCUAUCGGCAGUGUAUCAAAUACUUGUUCUCCCCACUGUGUAUAUAUAUACAGUGGGGAGAACAAGUAUUUAAUACACUGCCGAUUUUGCAGGUUUUCCUACUUACAAAGCAUGUAGAGGUCUGUAAUUUUUAUCAUAGGUACACUUCAACUGUGAAAGACAGAAUCUAAAACAACAAAAAUCCAGAAAAUCACAUUGUAUGAUUUUUAAGUAAUUAAUUUGCUUUUUAUUGCAUGACAUAAGUAUUUGAUACAUCAGAAAUGCAGAACUUCAUAUUUGGUACAGAAACCUUUGUUUGCAAUUACAGAGAUCAUACAAAACGUAGGUCUUGACCAGAUUUACACACACUGCAGCAGGGAUUUUGGCCCACUCCUCCAUACAGACCUUCUCCAGAUCCUUCAGGUUUCGGGGCUGUCGCUGGGCAAUACGGACUUUCAGCUCCCUCCAAAGAUUUUCUAUUGGGUUCAGGUCUGGAGACUGGCUAGGCCACUCCAGGACCUUGAGAUGCUUCUUACGGAGCCACUCCUUAGUUGCCCUGGCUGUGUGUUUCAGGUCAUUGUCAUGCUGGAAGACCCAGCCACGACCCAUCUUCAAUGCUCUUACUGAGGGAAGGAGGUUGUUGGCCAAGAUCUCGCGAUACAUGGCCCCAUCCAUCCUCCCCUCAAUACGGUGCAGUCGUCCUGUCCCCUUUGCAGAAAAGCAUCCCCAAAGAAUGAUGUUUCCAUGCUUCACGGUUGGGAUGGUGUUCUUGGGGUUGUACUCAUCCUUCUUCUUCCUCCAAACACCGCGAGUGGAGUUUAGACCAAAAAGCUCUAUUUUUGUCUCAUCAGACCACAUGACCUUCUCCCAUUCCUCCUCUGGAUCAUCCAGAUGGUCAUUGGCAAACUUCAGACGGGCCUGGACAUGCGCUGGCUUGAGCAGGGGGACCUUGCGUGCGCUACAGGAUUUUAAUCCAUGACGGCAUAGUGUAUUACUAAUGGUUUUCUUUGAGACUGUGGGCCCAGCUCUCUUCAGGUCAUUGACCAGGUCCUGCCGUGUAGUUCUGGGCUGAUCCCUCACCUUCCUCAUGGUCAUUGAUGCCCCACGAGGUGAAAUCUUGCAUGGAGCCCCAGACCGAGGGUGAUUGACCGUCAUCUUGAACUUCUUCCAUUUUCUAAUAAUUGCGCCAACAGUUGUUGCCUUCUCACCAAGCUGCUUGCCUAUUGUCCUGUAGCCCAUCCCAGCCUUGUACAGGUCUACAAUUUUAUCCCUGAUGUCCUUACACAGCUCUCUGGUCUUGGCCAUUAUGGAGAGGUUGGAGUCUGUUUGAUUGAGUGUGUGGACAGGUGUCUUUUAUACAGGUAACGAGUUCAAACAGGUGCAGUUAAUACAGGUAAUGAGUGGAGAACAGGAGGGCUUCUUAAAGAAAAACUAACAGGUCUGUGAGAGCCGUAAUUCUUACUGGUUGGUAGGUGAUCAAAUACUUAUGCCAUGCAAUAAAAUGCAAAUUAAUUACUUAAAAAUCAUACAAUGUGAUUUUCUGGAUUUUUGUUUUAGAUUCCGUCUCUCACAGUUGAAGUGUACCUAUGAUAAGAUUUACAGACCUCUACAUGCUUUGUAAGUAGGAAAACCUGCAAAAUCGGCAGUGUAUCAAAUACUUGUUCUCCCCACUAUAUAUAUAUAUAAUGUUUGUUUUUUUGUGGGGGGGGGGGUAGAAGGAUUACUUUUAUACUAUCCCAGGUAUUACUUAAAGAGGUAGGGUUUCAAGUGUCUCCGGAAGGUGGUCAGUGACUCCGCUGCCUUGGCGUCGUGAGGGAGCUUGUUCCACCAGAGCAGCGAACAGUUUUGACUGGGCUGAGCGGGAACUGUGCUUCCGCAGAGGUAGGGGGACCAGCAGGCCAGAGGUGGAAGAACGCAAUGCCCUCGUUUGGGUGUAGGGACUGAUCAGAGCCUGAAGGUAAGGAGGUGCCGUUCCCCACACCGCUCCGUAGGCAAGCACCAUGGUCUUGUAGCAGACGUGAGCUUCCUGUGUAAGGUAUGGUCGUACUCUGCAAAUGUUGUAGAGCAUGAACCUACAGGAUCGGGUCACCGCUUUGACGUUAGCGGAGAACGACAGGGUGUUGUCGAGGGUCACGACAAGGUUCUUUGCACUCUGGGAGGAGGAUACAACAUAGUUGUCAACCGUGAUGGCGAGAUCAUGGAGCGGGCAGUCCUUCCCCGGGAGGAAGAGCAGCUCAGUCUUGCCGAGGUUCAGCUUGAGGUGGUGAUCCGACAUCCACACUGAUAUGUCUGCCAGACAUGCAGAGAUGCGAUUCGCCACCUGGUUAUCAGAAGAGGGAAAGGAGAAGUUUAAUUGUGUGUCGUCUGCGUAGCAAUAAUAGGAGAGACCAUGUGAGGAUAUGACAGAGCCAAGUGACUUGGUGUAUAGAGAGAAUAGGAGAGAGCCUAGAACUGAGCCCUGGGGGACACCAGUGGUGAAAGCACGUGGUGCGGAGACAGAUUCUCGCCACGCCACCUGGUAGGAGCGACCUGUCAGGUAGGACGCAAUCCAAGAGUGAGCCGCGCCGGAGAUGCCAACUCGGAGAGGGUGGAGAGGAGGAUCUGAUGGUUCACAGUAUCAAAGGCAGCAGAUAGGUCUAGAAGGAUGAGAGCAGAGGAGAGAGAGUUAGCUUUAGCAGUGCGGAGAGCCUCCGUGACACAGAGAAGAGCAGUCUCAGUUGAAUGACCAGUCUUGAAACCUGACUGGUUUGGAUCAGGAAGGUCAUUCUGAGAGAGAUAGCAGGAGAGUUGGCUAUAGACGGCACGCUCGAGUUUUGGAGAGAAAAGAAAGGGAUACUGGUCUGUAGUUUGAGGGAUCGAGUGUAGGUUUUUUGAGGAGGGGUGCAACUCUCGCUUUCUUGAAGAUGGAAGGGACAUAGCCAGCGGACAAGGAUGAGUUGAUGAGCGAGGUGAGGUAAGGGAGAAGGUCUCCGGAAAUGAUCUGGAGAAGAGAGGAGGGGAUAGGGUCAAGCGGGCAGGUUGUUGGGUGGCCGGCCGUCACAAGUCGCAAGAUUUCAUCUGGAGAGAGAGGGGAGAAAGAAGUCAAAGCAUAGGGUAGGGCAGUGUGAGCAGGAUCAGUGGUGUCAUUUGACUUAAUAAAUGAGGAUCGGAUGUCGUCAACCUUCUUUUCAAAAUGGUUGACGAAGUCAUCCACAGAGAGGGAGGAGGGAGGGGGAGGAGGAGGAGGAUUCAGCAGGGUGGAGAAGGUGGCAAAGAGCUUCCGAGGGUUAGAGGCAGAGGCUUGAAAUUUAGAGUGGUAGAAAGUGGCUUUAGCAGCAGAAACGGAGGAAGAUAAUGUAGAGAGGAGGGAGUGGAAAGAUGACAGGUCCGCAGGGAGUCUAGUUUUCCUCCAUUUCCGCUCGGCUGCCCGGAGCCCUGUUCUGUGAGCUUACAAUUAAUCGUCAAGCCACGGCGCAGGAGGGGAGGACCGAGCCGGCCGGGAGGAUAGGGGACAUAGAGAGUCAAAGGAUGCAGAAAGGGAGGAGAGGAGGGUUGAGGAGGCAGAAUCAGGAGAUUGGAGGGAGAAGGAUUUAGCAGAGGGAAGAGAUGAUAGGAUGGAAGAGGAGAGAGUAGCGGGAGAGAGAGAGUGAAGGUUGCGACGGCACAUUACCAUCUGAGUAGGGGCAGAGUGAGUAGUGUUGGAGGAGAGCGAGAGAGAAAAGGAUACGAAGUUGUGGUCGGAGACUUGGAGGGGAGUUGCAGUGAGAUUAGUAGAAGAACAGCAUCUAGUAAAGAUGAGGUCAAGCGUAUUGCCUGCCUUGUGAGUAGGGGGGGACGGUGUGAGGGUGAGGUCAAAAGAGGAAAGGAGUGGAAAGAAGGAGGCAGAGAGAAAUGAGUCAAAGGCAGACGUAGGGAGGUUAAAGUCACCCAGAACUGUGAGGGGUGAGCCAUCCUCGGGAAAGGAACUUAUCAAGGCAUCAAGCUCAUUGAUGAACUCUCCAAGGGAACCAGGAGGGCGAUAAAUGACAAGGAUGUUAAGCUUGAAUGGGCUAGUGACUGUGACAGCAUAGAAUUCAAAUGAGGAGAUAGACAGAUGGGUCAGGGGGAAAAGAGAGAAUGUCCACUUGGGAGAGAUGAGGAUUCCUGUGCCACCGCCGCGCUGACCAGAUGCUCUCGGGGUAUGCGAGAACACAUGAUCAGACGAGGAAAGAGCAGUAGGAGUAGCAGUGUUUUCUGUGGUAAUCCAUGUUUCUGUCAGCGCCAAGAAGUCGAGGGACUGGUGGGUGGCAUAGGCUGAGAUGAACUCUGCCUUGUUGGCCGCAGAACGGCAGUUCCAGAGGCUACCGGAGACCUGGAACUCCACGUGUGUCGUGCGCGCAGGUACCACCAUAUUAGAGUGGCAGCAGCCACGCCGUGUGAAGCGUUUGUAUGGCCUGUGCGGAGAGGCGAGAACAGGGAUAGACAGACACAUAGUUGACAGGCUACAGAAAAGGCUACAAUAAUGCAAAGGAGAUCGGAAUGAAAUUAACUAAGCAUCUGGGAAAGCGAGAGAGCGGGGCCUCCCUCACGUUUCACUGAAACGCUCAAAUUUAACUCUCCCAACUUCCAUUUUAGAUUAAUAGACUUUAGAUAGUGUCUGGUCUGUUAGCGAUGUUACCAAACAGACUAGUUCUGUCUCUUACCUCUAGUUAGUGUCUGGUCUAUUAGCGAUGUUACCAAACAGACUAGUUCUGUCUCUUGCCUCUAGUUAGUGUCUGGUCUAUUAGCGAUCUUACCAAACAGACUAGUUCUGUAUCUUACCUCUAGUUAGUGUCUGGGCUAUUAGCGAUGUUACCAAACAGACUAGUUAAAAAACAUAGAGAAUUUGGAGACUAUCCCCUCUCAUCCUGAAUCUAUUUAUAUUAACAGGGAUAAAUCUGGUCAAUGUUAGAGGCUGAUCCAGGUUCAGAUUUAACUUGACCCUGACCCUGUAGUGAGGUCUGAUAUCACCGCUGCAGGUUUUACACUAAUCUGACAGGAGUUGACAAUCCUUCUGUGAAUAAUGUAUUUGAUCCAUAACGAUGUAUCACAGUGUUAUUACAUACAGUACCAGUCAAAAGUUUGGACACACCUACUCAUUCAAGGGUUUGUCUUUAUUUUAACUAUUUUUUACAUUGUAGAAUAAUAGUGAAGACAUCAAAACUAUGAAAUAACAUAUAUGGAAUCAUAUAGUAACCAAAAAAGUGUUAAACAAAUCAAAAUAUAUAUUUAUAUUUGAGAUUCUUUAAAUAGCCACCCUUUGCCUUGAUGACAGCUUUACACACUCUUGGCAUUCUCUCAACCAGCUUCAUGAGGUAGUCACCUGGAAUGCAUUUCAAUUAACAGGUGUGCCUUCUUAAAAGUUAAUUUGUGGAAUGUAUUUCCUUCUUAAUGCGUUUGAGCCAAUCAGUUGUGUUUUGACAAGGUAGGGGUGGUAUACAGAAGAUAGCCCUAUUUGGUAAAAUACUAAGUCCAUAUUAUGGCAAGAACUGCUUAAAUAAGCAAAGAGAAACGACAGUCCAUCAUUACUUUAAGAAAUGAAGGUCAGUCAAUACAGAACAUUUCAAGAACUUUGAACGUUUCUUCAAGUGCAGUCGCAAAAACCAUCAAGCGCUAUGAUGAAACUGGCUCUCAUGAGGACAGUCAAACUUACAUUUUGUAUUACCAUAUCAUUUUUGUAUGUUCUCUAUAGUUAUGUACUUGAAAAUGUAUAAAUUGACCAAUUCGGGACAUUUGGGCAGACUUGAUACAAAAUAAGUCCAGUAUUGCAAUGCUUCACUGGAUCAAUCUGAAACUUUGCACACACUGCUGCCAAAACGUAUGUUUUUUUUGUCAGUAUUAUCUUUUACCAGAUCUAAUGUGUUAUAUUCUCCUACAUUAAUUUCACAUUUCCACAAACUUCAAAGUGUUUCCUUUCAAAUUGUAUCAAGGAUAUGCAAUCCUUGCUUCAGGUCCUGAGCUACAGGCAGUUAGAUUUGGGUAUGUCAUUUUAGGCGGAAAUUGAGAAAAAAAAGGGUCCGAUCCUUAAGAGGUUAACAUAAUAGAAUUGGUUACUAACAUGUAAUGUCUGUGUCCCAGGUGUGUGGAGAUGCUGAUCAACGAGCAGAUCCGAAGCUACAACGAGAAGAUGGAAGAGAUUGAACAGCUGGAAUAUGCCGAGACUUUGGCUAUCAAUCAGCUCAAACUCAAGAGGCAGAACACGGUAAGCACAAUGCUACAUGCCUUGGUCUGUCUGGACAAUAUCCAGGGUUGGGGUCAAUUCAGGAAGUAAACUGAAAUUCCAAUUUUCCUCAAUGCUUCUCUAUGAGAAACAUUUGGAAUUGGAAUUUGUUUACUUUCUGAAUUGAAAUGGAAUUGACCCCAACCCUGACAUUUACCAGGUCCAUAGACUCACUAGGCAAACCAACUAUAGUCACUGACUUGAUUUACUGGAGGGCAGUGUUCUACACCCCUGGUCCUGUAAGGCCUCAGAGUGUCAGUGUAUUGUCCAAUGUCCACCAUGGGUUACUGCUCAUUGUUUUGUGGUUCUCCCUUGUCUCUCUUCAGCUGCAUUGGCAUUUGCCCCUCAGGUUUUCUGCUCCAUACAAAGGAGUGGUGGUACGUAUCCACUUAGCUCCAGUUCUCCUGGUAGCUAGAUGCAGUUUGUCAUGUCAACCCGUCUGUGCAUGACGUGUAGUAGUCGAUGACCCCCCUCCCUUCUCCUCCUUUUCAUACUAACUGGUAGUAUACAAUAUUGCAGUGGUCACCCAACUAUGGUUUUGGAGAACUAUUGGGUGUGCAGGCUUUUGUUCCAGCCCAGCAUUAACACACCUAAGUCAACGAAUCGUGGAUCCAAGUGAAGACCAUGAUCAGUAGAUUCUGCAGAAAAGGUGUGUUCGUGCUGGGCUGGAACAAAAGCCUGCCUACCUUACCCACUCUUAGUAGCUCUCCGGAACUUCUUGUUAGACCCCUGUAAUACUGCAUAUUUGUUUCAGUCCCCAGCGUCUGUGAUGGGAAGGUUCUUCAGAGUGAUGGUGUUGGGUUGAUGUUGUGUAUGGUUUGACUAGUAUUUAGUGACAUUAACUCUUGAUCAUAACUCACUUGUGCUGUGUGGCACAUACAUGAUUCCAGACAGCACAACCUUGGGGUGAAAGGGAUGGUUUGUGGAUUCUUCCUGUUAACCGGUACCAAGCAUUGGAACUCAUGGAAUGGGGAAUGCUUGACAUGGGAAUGACUUCUUUCUUGAUGAUGACUUUUUCUCCUUGUGUAAAAUAACCUUUUAUCAUAUGACAUGACUUCUGCUUUGAUUUGCAGUCUCAAGCUGCAUUCAAUAGUUCAAUAGUGCAUAAAACCCCUGACACCCGAUACUGAUGUUUUCCUACAUGUUGUGUGGUUGAAUAACAUAGUGCCUGUUUCUCCCUACUGAUCUUGACACAACCUCCUGCCUGCCUUAAGGUACCAUGGUUCCCUGGCAUGCCACAGGCAUAAUAUGAUAUGCAACACUAUGCAUGAUUACUUAACACAGGCACCCCCCACCAUUCAUUCACCCUCUCAUCCUCUUAACCAGUGUGAUGUAGACUUGCCAUUGUUAUAGCCCAAUCGUUAAGGUGUCCUGAGUAACUGUGUGCGUGUCUGUGUGUUCUCUCCCAGGUGCAUGAGAAAGAGUGCUCUGACCUGACAGUGGUCCCUGAGAAUGAUGUGCCGCUGGACUCUGAUACGGAGGCUGAGAAAAACCUGAUGGCGCGCAUCAAGUCCAUCAAACAGGAGAAGUAAGAACCGAGGAGAGCCUCUGAGUCACGCCUAGAUUCACCACUGAAUUCAGCACAUAUUUUAAAACUGUGAUUUAUACACUGUGGUUAUAUUUAUAUCAAAUGGUUAUAUCUGAUGGUUAUAGUUUCGCUUUGCUGAGAUCCACCAGCCCUUGGUUACAUUUGUGACCCCUCUGUUUUCUGUCUCUCCCUUCCCCCUAUUUCCCAGGGAGGACCUAGUCUGCAGACUGCCAGAGCUGGAGCAGCCUGGUUCAGACCAAGAGAACCUGGAUUCUGAGGCGUCGGUGAGCUCUGAGAGCCUGCUGGACGAGCGCUGCCACAACUCAGAGCCCGAAGGUCAGUAUUAAAGGUACUGUCUCACCCCCCCCUUUUUUUACCUAUUCACGCCUGUGAGUUUCUCAUCUGCCUACCUGGCCCCGUCUGUCCCUGUUGUCUCUGAUGCAGGUCUGGACAAGCUGGUGGUGGUGCAUUUAAAGAGGGUGGCGGAGGUGCCAUCUGCUUUCUAGCAGGUUGGAGGCUCCCAGUUUCACAAGCAAUGUUUUGUGUGUGGGUUUUGUGUGUGUUUGCAUGAAUGUCUGUGUGGCAUGCAGAAACAUUGACCGAACUAACUGAUGGUGGUGGAGUAACAUGGUGGCAUGGUGUUUAUUUGUGGUGAUAUGAGCCCUUUCAGGAUGGCUGUUACUCUCUUAACUCUCUGAGUGGAUGAUACUGUUUUUUCCCCUCCUCCUAACACUUUCUCAUCCCUCUCUUCCAGGGAGAGGUUCUCUCCUACUGAAUAAGGCCAAGCUGGCCUGCCCUCCCAAGCCUUCUGACCUGGCCCAGAGACCUAAGGCCCCAGGGGAGCGUUCCUCCCUCCGCAACCUUGGCUCCACCUCCCGGCUCCAGCUGCAACAACACCGCCCCAUCAUCUCAGCCACGGUAAAGCUGCCCCCGGGCAUCCACUCGCAACCCCCCGCUGUGGCCCUCAACCCCCCUGCCAGCCGUGGCUUCAGCCUGAUCAAGAGGCGGGAGAAGCCCGCCCGACGCGAAGACGGCACCCAGUCCCUGUACAUCAGCCCAGACAAGGACCUGUUCCCCUCCUCCUCCCUCUCCAUCUCCACCCCACAAAGCCUCCAGACCACCAGCAAGGCCCUCAGACGCUUCUCAGACCCCAUCAUCCCCUAUACUGACCAGGCCUGA